GGCGCGCGCCCUGAGGCGGGCCCCGCCGGGGCGUGUGAGAGAAGCGGGGACGUCGGGUCGGCGGCUGGCUGAGGCACUUUCCUUCCCGCUCGGCAGCUGAAGGGAGAGAGAGGAUGAUGAUGCGGCUCCGGAGCCCCGCGCUGCUGAGGGACCUGCUGAGGCUCAGCCAGAGCGGAGCGGCGGCCGUUGGCGGGCCUGGCUGCUGCCGCCGCCCGUUGCUGAGGCGGCUCCAUCCCGCCGCCGCCGCCGCCGGUUGCCGCCUGCCUAGCGGCGGCGCCCGCUCCUUAUGCACCCGCUCGGAGGGGAUUCUGGACGAGCCGGGAAAGGGCCCUCCGCCGCCUCAGCAGCAGCAGCAGGCGGCGCCCUCGGCGGAGAAGCCCGGCGCCAACAACAGCCACGGCGCCGAAGCCGGCGGCAUGGGCGACAAGUGAGUGAGGGUGGCGGAGAGGGGAUGCCAGGCCACGCGGGGAGGAGGAGGAGGAUGCCAACCGGCUGCAAGGGAGGUGCCUCGGUUUCCUCCCUGCCUUUGACACGUGACAGGGCGCCCGCCGCCUUGCACGUCAGCAUGGGGCAGUCCCGUGUUCCCCUCCCCACGCACUUAGGAUCUUCCAAAAAAUUAAGUUUUUAUUUCUAUAUUUCGGCCACGCGGGGAGGAUGCUGCUCCUCGGCUUCCUCCUUGCCUUUGACACGUGACAGGACGCCCGCCGCCUUGCACGUCAGGGUGGGGGCAGUCCUGCGUUUCUCUAGCCACACACUUAGGAUCUUUAUUUCCAUCCCCCCUUGAAUAAGUUCUCAUUUAUGUAUUUCCGGGAGGAGGGUGGGGGAAGAAGUUACAACAGCUUUUUCCAAUUUGCAAUUAUUUAACUUUGGGCUCUCCAGCCCUCCCCCCUAAAAAAUCCCUCCAUGGUUUCCCUAAUUUUCUAAAUAGUGCUGCACGUUAUUAUAGUUAACUCUAUACCUUAUCUUCAUGGUGUUUCCAAAUAUAACCACUUAAGGUUCUUCAAACCUUCCAAAAUUGGUACGUACAGGUUUUUCUAGGAGUGUGAAACCCAAGCUGAAGCUUGUGUCCUUUUGCUUUGUGUGCGUGUAUACAUUUAGUUUCCCCUACCAGGGGUCCAUAUUCCUCUUGACGUUUAGUUUCCCCAGUGGAAUUGGGAACCACUCUCUCACUCCCUGGGUUUUGGGGCGUGCACUGCCCUGACCCAAGGGCUUGGUUUCGGAAAACUUUAAGUCAUGUGGUUGGAAGAUGCCUCUAAGCACGUGCUGGCUCCUCCUCCUCAUUGCUGUAUAAAAUUUUGGUGAGCGCUCCACUCAUCUAAGGACUCCAAAGAAGUGGGGCCCCAAGCCAGGCACUCAGGUGGCUUCCUGUUAAGCUUGAAGUCUGGCACCUUUGAUUUUAAACAUUAGACACUGCUGCUGAGAGUCUUGGAUUGCAGGGGGUUGAGCUAGAUGACCCCUCUGGGUCCCUUCCAAAUCUGAUUCUAUGAAUCCACAUGAGAAAUGCUGUUCAUUUGUGGUAGCUGGUUGUGGCGUUAAAGCCUGUUAGCUACAGCCACAAGGUGACUGACAGCACAACCCUGUGCAUGUUUACUUGGAAGUAAGCACCAUUACAUUUGGUGUAGCUUACUGUCUAAGAAGCGUGUUCAGGUUUGUAGCUAUAGAAGCAUGAUCUACCAUCUUGCCCUUUGAGAAAGGGUUGUAGCCCGGUGACAGAUCACAUACUUUGCAUGCAAAAAGUCCCAGGUUUCAAUUUCUGUCAUUUCUAGAGAGAGUUGUGAAGGUCUCUUGCCAGAAACCCUGGAGGACCACAGUGUUGAUGGUACUGAGCUAGAUGAGCAGUGGCCUGGCUUUGGUGUAAGGCAGCUUCUUUUGUCAUACGUUAACAAAAUAAUGGGAACUGCUUUUCUGCUGGGUGUGUUGGAUGAAGGAAUGUGUGUAUAAAAGUGAUCACUUAUAUGUAGCAUUGGCAAUGUAUUAUUCAGAUUUGAUCAGGCAGCGAUUAGCGGUAUUAUACUGCUCCCUUCCCAAUGCAAAGCUUUAUCACUGUGCAGAAUGCAAGAGUGGAUGAAUUCAGAGAAAUUUGUCCCUGAAAUGCUACACUGGCUGCUGUGUCAUCCUUUACCCUUCUUGGAUCAGUUUUCUUGACCCUUGCAAGUUCCCAGCCUCAAGAACUGAAUGUUACAGAUAGCGUAAGAUGAAACAUUUAUCUUUAACAACGAAACAUCUGAGUUGUUGCAUAUAGCUUGUGAAGAAUAUUCUAGUUGAAUUAGUCAUUCCUUCAGUGUUGGCAAAAGAGAUAAGUGGAUACACAUCUUAGAAUGAAUGGCAUUGUUAGUCUUAAAGUGCCACAAAAGUUUUUUUAUUUUUCUCUCUAGGAAGGUACUGUGAUAAAUAACUUUUUUUCCCCAGUAAAGAUAAUGUUGGCUGCAUGAAGAAAUUGAAUUAUCAGGUUUGAUGCAAAUUUUCUGGCUUUCCCCCCCUAGACCAGUGACAAUUGGUCAUACAGAAUAUUAUUUUUGUAUUGGCUAGUAUCUCAAGGUUGUAAGUAAAAUAAUUUAAUUUUAAAAGCUGGUUUUGGUAACACAAGUAGGCAGUGCUAGAGAUCACCUUUAAAACUUUGGUCAAGAUAGUGUGCAAUAUCUCUACCAGUAUGUUGUCAUUUGCAUCAUUGGCUGGUAUGUAGAUGAAACUGCUUUGAGAUUAUAGCAAGCAUGGGGCAGGAUUAAUGAAAAGAUAAUAUAAAUUUAAGUUUUAUGUCCAGAGACUCUGCAUUGGUUUCUGGAGCACACAAGGGGUCAGUUAUGGCUUUGAGGAAUAACAUGCAAAACCAGAGAUCUUGGUGCUUGCUCUUAACUUUAGUACUACAGUGCUAUUUGGGCAGCACAUUUUGCAUAUUUGCUGUGUAUUAUUGUGGAAAGUGAACAAAAGCUGCCCACUAUAAAUAAUGGUUACUCAGAUUAAGGCUUACUGUUAUCUCAUACUGGGUAAAAUAUCUUCUCUUAGCUGAAUAAAUUUAAAGUAAAAGACUUUUUUGUCUCUUUUAUUUCCAAGAAAUAUAAUUUUACAUUCCCUUUAAAAAGGUGGAUCAGAAGCUGGUAUAGUACUGUAGAGUAGUAUGCAGUCUUUAGAACAGUCUUUGCCAAGCUGGUGCCCUCCUGCUGGCUUGGGCUCAUGGUAUAGUUGAAAACAUCUGAAAGGCACCAGAUUGGCAAAGACUGUUUUAAAACAUUCAUUGGUACCAUCUUCUAAACUGCUCACUUUCAUCUGGAGUAACAAUGGAAAUAUUAAGAAAAGUUCUGAGACUGAGGCCCACAAUAGUUAUGUGUUGUUAUUUGUGUUUUCUCCCAACUCUUUUUCAACACCAAAAGCAGCCUGGAAGUUAUGAGGAUGGGCAGAGGAAGGGGCUGCUUAUUUAUUCCACCCUAGAUAUUUUCACUUUUGAAUCCCGCCAUGAGAAAAUAUGCAGGUUGUAUUUUUUCUUCUUCAUGGAAAAGCAACUAGAGGGUGAUUUUGACUGGGAAAAUGGCUUGAGGGUAAAAAGUUAAAGUGCUUGUCCCUCCUAUCACCAUAUAACUGUUGUCAACUACCAGUAUAUACCUUGAAACCAGCAGAGGUCUAUAUGGAGCUUUCAGGGGUCAGGAAAAGAAUGUAAGCAGACAGUUGUAUGGUGUCCAUGGUUCAAGUUCAUGCCACUACAGACCUGAAAGGAUGUGAGGCUACUGUAUUUCCCUGCAGAAGCUAAGCUGGUUUAACUGGUUAGUGCCUGGAUGGGAUACUGCCUGGGAACCACACAUACGUUGCCUUGUUUCAUGAUGAAAGAAAGACUCUCAGCAGACAUUCUGCAAAGACACCAGGCUCUGCAACUUAAAAGGAAUUAAGUAACACUAAAAUCAAUUAACUUCAUUAGUUUUUGGAUUUGUUGAUGGUGGAAUAUAAAUACUUUAGCAUGGGAUUUGUAGCUGAAAUUUAAGUUGCUUUUGCAGUGAGAAUUGUGUGGAGGUAGUUUUCAUUGACCCCAGCCCCAAUAAACUCCAUGUGUCGGAGAAAGUCUGGAAGUGAGUAGCCUGUUCUGCAUGUGUUCUUGCUAGUGAACACAGAGUUUUAAAUAAUGUGUGAGCCUGCAUAUAUAGAGUAGGCUUCCCACCUCAUACAUUCUCCCACAUAUACAGCGUGAUGGAAUGGGAGAAGGAACCAGCUGUGUCUGCUGCAGCUUGCAGUUAGUGAAAAAAGUGCUUAGCCAUGACUCCCAGUUCAGGCUACGUGCUAAGCCAAAGUUUGGCUUAGCACAGUGUGACGCAGGAGCAAAAAGGACCCAGGAGGAGAAAAGCAGCUGGUAGCAUCUCUCUGGGAGCCUGCAUGUGUGUGUGGUCUCAGUAAGUCAUAGUUUGGCUUGGCAUGUCAUGCUGUUAUCCACAUCAGGUAACCAAUGAAGCUGUCGAAUAGACUAAACCUGGUGAGAUGCUUCCAGAUACUGUUUUGAAUAUUACGUCCGUGCAUUACAGUUAGCCCUUUGCAUGCAGUUAAUUGCAUAACCAGGGACGCGGGUGGCGCUGUGGGUAAAACCUCAGCGCCUAGGACUUGCCGAUCGUCAGGUCGGUGGUUCGAAUCUCCGCGGCGGGGUGCGCUCCCAUUGCUCGGUCCCAGCGCCUGCCAACCUAGCAGUUCAAAAGCACCCCCGGGUGCAAGUAGAUAAAUAGGGACCGCUUACUAGCGGGAAGGUAAACGGCGUUUCCGUGUGCUGCGCUGGCUCGCCAGAUGCAGCUUGUCACGCUGGCCACGUGACCCGGAAGUGUCUGCGGACAGCGCUGGCCCCCGGCCCCUUAAGCGAAAUGGGCACGCAACCCCAGAGUCGGACACGACUGGCCCGUACGGGCAGGGGUACCUUUACCUUUAAUUGCAUAACCACCUUAAAGUUUCUUGGCCACAUUUCUUGUAUAUGUGGACUGUCCCAGGUUAAAGUUCUCAAAGUUCUUAACCUAGCUCACGGUUGUCAUCUGAACUAGUCACAUGUUUAACCCAUAAUCAGUGAUAGUCCAUUAUUUGAAAAAUAAGACUUUAGAGCCGUCUUGCCCCCAAAUGGCAGCUAGAUAUUCCAUUUGGUGACUGUAACCUUGGUUUAAGGAGCCAUUUGGCAUCUAGCUUAUAUAUCUGAGUUUCUAACAAUGGCUAGAUUCGGGACAGAAUCCAGAAGUACAUCCAGAGUUCGAACCGGAGUCUUCAAGGGGAGUGUUGCCCCAUCCAACACAGGUUGAAUCGCUAUUCCCUGAUCCAUCUUAAUGUUAAUCUUAUAUAAUGUAUAAAUACCUCAGAAAUGUUUCCAGUAGCUAAAAGUAGCAAAUUAGUGGUUGGGGUAGGAAUCUUGACUACAGUGCGUUGUUGCCAUGAGCCUUUGACUUAACUCAGUGUGGUGUAGGAGUAAAAAAUACCAUGGAGUAACAAAGUGGUCAUGAGCCUCUUUCUAGGAGCCCUCAUGGAUCCAGUAAGCCAUACAGUAAGCCAUAUUAUUAUAAGUUCCAUUAUAAUAGUGCCAAACGUUAGAAUUUUAAAAAAUUCUAAGUUUUUUAAAAUACUGCAUUCAAUUGGCAUUCAUUAUUUGUUACUUCCAUCCAUUUGUUGUUUCUAAUCAGCUUAUGAAACAUAUUUUUCUCUGUAGGAAAAUAAAGCUGGAAAGUUUCCUGUACUGCAUAAUGUACUUUGUUUUUUAAACUUUCAUUGGAAAAUAUUGUUAUUGGAAUACUUUUAACUAUUUUCAUAGGAAUUCAAUAGCAUGUUCAUUGUGUAAAUUCAAAGAAAAAAAUGCACUGCAAAUUCUUAAAAUGCAAAAUUUAGUAUGCAUUAAAUAUAUAGAUAUUUCCUAAAGAUAUUUAGCUUGAGAAGAUAUAAUUACAUACAGUGGAACCUUGCUUCUUGAACUUAAUCCGUCCUGGGAGUCUGUUCGACUCCCGAAAGGUUUUCAGUAUGCCUUUGUAAUUGUUACCAUUUCAGAUUUGUUUGUUUCUUAAAUGUUCAUUUAUAGAGUGCUACUUAUGUGUCUGGUACUAUAUAAAAGAGCAUUCUGUUUUAAAAUGUAACUUUUUGUUACCAAAUAUGUUAAAGCGCUAUCUAAAAGAGAAUAUACAGUGGUACCUUGGUUUACAACCAUAAUCCGUUCCGGAGGUCCAUUUGUAAACCAAAACAGGUUGUAACCCAAGGCGCGCUUUCAUCAAUGGGGCCUCCAAAAAUAUUGUUCAUAAUUAAAAAAAAGGGUUGUAAUCCAAAAAAAGGUUGCAAACUAGGACACGCACUUCCAGGUUUGAUUGUGUUUGUAAUCCAAGACGUAUGCAAACCAAGGUACAACUGUAUUUGGGUGGGGAAGUUAGAUCCCCAGGAUAGGGAAAUGACCUAAAUCUGAAGAGUUACAGUAGCAGUCCUAUAUCAGGGCAAUCCAGAAACACAGUGUCUUAAGGAGAAGCUGAGGACAAGCAUGGUGAGGCAGUCCGAUAAGGUGUGAAGUAAAGCCGAGGGCAAACACAGCAGAGCAGUCUAAAGGUAGGCAAGAUUUUCAAGAGGCAGGGAUCUGUAGCACAGGGUCAGUCAGGGUAGGCAGCAGCUGCAACUUGUUAACUCAGUCUUCAGCAGUCUCUGCUUUCAUUUUUGAGGGGCCUGGUUCAUAUGGCCCUUGAGUCACACAGCCCCUUAGUGGGUGGCUGCUGGUGGCUGUACCAUUGGAAGCCAGCAUUCCCUAGGACUGGAGGUAGUUUGACCUCCCCUUUCGAUUCCACAAGUAAGAAAGUUGUCCCAUGUGUGUUGGCAAACUCAUCCACAGCUUCAGAUUGGUGUAAGGUCACUUCUCCAGAGAUGUUUGUGGGUUUGUGCCUGGGUUAACGCUGGAGUCAGGAGGCCCCAUUAAGUUUUUCAGCUUUAUGUCAUCAGGGUCCAUCUGAUGAGUCAUCUCUGCUUAGUCAUGGGUUAGACAUGACAUAGACAGGAUCUUUUUUACUUCUGCGAGAUCCUUCAUGGAAGAAAAGCCUAGCCACUCCUGCUUUAUGCCAUGCUUUUACAUUAGAAGGCUUUAUAAUAUAGGUGGCAAUCGUAUUAUAUGCUCAUUGGCGGAGUGUGCAUAAAUGCGCCCCACCCUGUUAUGCCAUGCCCCCAUUCUGCCCCCGGUCUGCCUUCUUUGGAUCUAAAAAGACCUGUGCGUUGGCGAUCACUUGUUAAUUGGAUGCGCCUAAAAUGGUCGUCGCCUAUAUCCUUUCAAGUUUCUGAAAAACAAACUGAUUCUUAUACGGAGCUUUUCUUAUGUCUUAAAUUGCAUCUUUUCAUUUGUUUGCCUAAUGAGAGCAACAAACUCAUACAUAGAAAACUAUGUACAGUCGUACCUUGGAAGUCGAACAGAAUCCAUUCUGGAAGUCCGUUCAACUUCCAAAAUGUUUGGAAACCAAAGUGCGGCUUCUGAUUGGCUGCAGGAGGCCUUGGAAGCCCCUUCGGACAUUCGGUGUCCAAAAAUAGUUCGCAAACCAGUCACUUUGCUGUGUUCAGGAACCAAAACAUUUGGGGACUAAGCUGUAGUACAAAACAUAGAAGUUUAUAGGUUAUGUAGUUAUUGAGUAUAAAAUGAAAGAAGUAUGUGACUUGACUGAGUAUGUGAUUGCACUGAAUGACAUUUUGGAAGAAAGAGACUACUGUUCUCGUUAUAGUUUUGACUAUUAAAAAGAGAAAGGCUUUCUCCUGCUUCACUCUAAGAAUGCCCUUGUGGGAAGUACUCUGGAGAUUGGAAAAAUAUGCAAAGGAAAAAGUAAUUUAACUGAAUUGUACAUUUCUUCAGUUAAAUGUAAUUAGUAACAUAAUCAGCUAAGACUGAGUAAUUUGAUUAGUUUAGUACCCAUUCCAAACUUGUGGAAUCGAAAAUGAAACUUGUGAUUUCAUUUUCAGCUGAUUAUAAUGCAUGAUAAAAUGAAUGCAGUUGUCAUUAUUCCCUGCCUCCCCCCAUAAAAUCUAAAAAGUAGAAUGGAAGUUUAUACUGUUAAAAGACUUAGACGUAUCCUAGUAAAAAACGGUCCACACAAAAUUUUGAAUGUGCUAUGAUACUUGAUAGUAUAGUGACACUCCACCCAAUGAGAAAAUUCUUUUAGCUGCUGCGGGAGGAGUCUGUUGUAUCCAGUUGAGUCUCCUCACUGUUGAAAGACCGUGAUCCACCAUGACUUUGUGAGCUAAAGGUGGAAGUUGGAAUUUUUGCAAGUCCCCCCACCCUCUCCUGCACCUCCAUAUGCUAACUGCCAGGCUAUUACGAAAAGUCUCACAACUCUCUUGACCAGAUUGGAAGGGUACCGGGAGCUACUGAGGGACCCAACAAAAAGUGGCCUCUAUCUUUUUAGCUAAUGGAAGCCUCCGCUGGAUCAAAAAACCUUGGAAAGGGACAUGAUUGGGUGCUGCCAGCACUGUUUAAAAGUAUCAUGGCAUUUUCUCCCCCCACCCCCGACUUGUUUACCAAACAUAAAUCAAACAUACUUGAUCAGUCCAGAAUUGGUUUUAGGAUAAUGACUAGGUCACUAACAUUUCCAUUUUGCAAACGGAGAACUGAGAUUCAGUAACAGGUUUCAAAUUCACUGUAUGGUCUUGUACUAAGCUUUUGUAGCGCAGCACCAUGUUUGCAACACAGUGACUGUUAACACGUCCUGCCUUCAAAUUAGCUUUCUAUGCAUUUUUCAGGUUUAAACUUUGCAGAUAAGAAACAUUCACUUGCAUAUAGUAAAGAUAACUGUGACAAUACCAUGCCCACUUUUUAUCUUAGCUCUUUUUGGCAUAUGCUGAAUAUGUGUUUUUCUAAGUAUUUAAUGAUGCUAAAACACUGCUCUUAGGUUGAACAAACAUUAUAUAACAGUAUUGACUUGGGAAAUAGGGGGAGAAAAAGCUUAUACUGCAGUUUAACUGAUAAGCUUUGUACAAUAAUAGUCCAUUUAAGGUAUUUUCUGUAUGAAAAUUGAACGUUUGCCAUGUUUGUUUUCUCGGCUGGGUUACUUUCAAAGCUAAAUAUUGGGCUAGUCUGCUUGAUUUAACUGCAACAGCUGUGAAUGAUAUGCAGUCUAUAUACUUUUUCAAAAACAUAAUAUUUCACAAAACUAAUGCUUAAUAUUUUGAAUUUUGAACACUAGCAUUCUUAACAUACUAUAAUCAAAGUAUGUGCGUAUUUUAGGAGACUUGUACAUGCCACAUGAAACAUAAAGCUUACAAUAAACAUUAAUGGGUUACACUUAUUUACAGUUUCAUAAUGUGUUUUACCAUAGCCCUUCUGCAGUAGGGAAAUAUCUGAAUACCUAGUUCUGCUCCACACAUUGUUUUAAGUUUUUCAUAGUUAGAGAAUCUAUUAUUAUGGGGGAAAGUAUGCAUUAUAUUCAGCUAUACUUUAUAGUUUUCUGACAUGUACAUUUUCUUAGCUUACUUUUCUACCUUAGGAUCCUUUGGGAGGAAGGGUGGAAUAGACAUUUAAUAUAUAAGUAAUACUGUAAAAUGAAAAUGAACUAAGCAGCAGAAGUUGCUUAAGAAAGCAGUAAAAUGCCUGUUUCUAGUUAGAUAUGAUAGCUUAAUAAAAUUGUCAGUCGAAUGUUUGUGUUAGCAGGUGGGCAUAUACUUACCCAAAUAGUGGUCAGAUGUGUUUCAGUGGUGAAAUGAUAAGAGUAUCAGUGGCCUAGAAUUUUGUUGUUGUUCUCACGCUUUCCAUGUAUUGUUUCUUCUCAGUAAGAUAAAGCAAGGUCUUUUGCCUAGUUUGGAGGAUUUGCUGUUCUAUACUAUUGCAGAAGGGCAAGAAAAAAUACCAGUUCACAAAUUCAUCACGGUAAGCUUUUUUGUUUUGUUUUAAAUAAACUAUAUGGUAAAUAGCACAGUUUAAUACUUUUUUGGUAACCUUCAAAAAGCAGUGCAUGGCUCAAGGUUGCUAAAGGUCAAUUUUAUUCUUCAUUACAUUUAUACCUCACCUUUCCUUCAAGGAACUGAUGGUGGCAAAUAUGAUGUACCCCUCCUCAUUUUAUCUUCACAACAACUCAGUGUGUUGAUAGGAUGGUUAUUAAAGGUGAACAUUCCAUUUAACUCUCUAAAUAUGUCCGUAUAUGAUAUAAUCUGCUUACUCUUGUAGUAAAACUGAGGGUACACUGUUAUAAAUCUUCUAAAUGUGUUUAUGGCAAGGUGUUGAAAAACAGAACUGCUCUGAAUGGGUCUGUCAGCUGUCAAUUGCAUUGUGUUGGAAAAUGAAAGCAGAUGGUGCUUGAUACCAGAGUAGCAUAUUAUUCGAGUCAAUGUUUAGAACAGGAAAUAUUUCUAAUGUUCUACUCCUUUACUCUUUUUUUACAGGCCCUGAAAUCAACAGGUUUACGUACAUCUGACCCAAGACUGAAAGAAUGCAUGGAUAUGCUAAGAUUGACUCUUCAAACAACAUCAGAUGGUGUCAUGCUCGAUAAAGAUCUCUUUAAAAAGUAAAUACCUAUUUAUUAAUCUAAAACAAAAACUUAAAAUUUGGCACAUUCAGCUUAUUGAUAUGAAAAUAGUGUGAUGGGAGGGGGGACUUGAGUGAGGCAAACUAACAAUAUUCCUAGAAAAAUAGUUUGACAAAUUUGCUUCAUUUUGCUGGCAGUAUAGUGGACAUAAGUGCUGAAGAAUAAAAAGAUUUCAAAACAGUUGUACCAUAAUGUUACCUUAUUAACAUAUAACCUUUGUCCCUUGGAGCCAAGCUAUUAGGGUCACUCCUGCUUGAUUACAAUUAACAUGUAACAAUUUUUAAAAUUUAAUGGCGGCUACAGGAAUGUGGACUGAUCAGGUCUGUAAAGAGAGCACUUAAUGUUCCCCGCCCUCAGCACAGUCCUGAUGAUCUCACCUCAAAACAACUAGUUCUGGGAGGGGAGCUUCCAUAAUUUAAUAACUAUAAAUAUUUAGACAUUUGAACUCUUACUUGGCAUGUAAUGGAAAAACACUAUACUGUCUAGUUACUACUAAGCUCUUGCUUUUGCUCUUGCAUGUAUGAGUGAGCUUGCUUAGGCCUUCACAUGUGUACUGAAUGAUAAUGAACAUAAUUGAGAUUUCACUCAUUAUUUUUUUCAUGUUUCAUAGGUGUGUCCAAAGCAAUAUUGUCUUGCUUACUCAGGCUUUCAGACGAAAGUUUGUCAUUCCAGAUUUUGUGUCAUUUACUUCUCACAUUGAUGAACUGUAUGAAAAUGCUAAAACACAAUCUGGAGGAACAGUGAGUGUUCAUAUGAAAUAUUUGUUGUGUUAGUAUGUUUUCAUGUACAUUUAAGAAAAAACCCUCCUUAUUCCGCAGUUGGGCAAUACUUUUAUUAGGACCAACCAAAAAGUCACAAAAAUGUGACAAGCUUCUGAGUUUCCCAGAGCUCUUCUGGUGAGUUGUUACACAAAGCAGGGAGUUCAAGCUGGAAAACAUUUUGCCUGAUGAAGAACUCUGGAGAAGCUUGUUGAAUUUUGUGACUAGUAUAGAUAUUUUGGUCCUGAUAAAGAGAUUGGUCCCCCCCUUAAGGGCCAACCUUUGCUCUUUAUGUUCCUUGAAGAAUACUUUGAGUAAAGAGUGGCCACUGGAAUUCUUGAUUUCAGAAUCAGUGCAAGACGUGAAUUCCUUGUUUCUUUUCAGUUUUAGAUAUUUUUGGUUGUCUUUCUUCAUUUAGAAGUAUAUUUGCUACUACUUCCAAAUUAAAACACAAGAUGCUGUAAAAAUAGCGGUGAUACAAAAAAACACAAAACUAAACACCCAAGCAGCAUAAAAUCAUUCAACAGUUUGUCAUGGGCUCCAAGCCAACAGUAUUUGUAAGCAGCUUUUGUUGGUUUGGCACAAUAAUUGAUGGAUACAUUAUUUUGGCCUGUGGUAUACAUGUUAAUUCAAGUAAGCUCCUGUCAAAGGCUGUGUGAUUAAACACCCUUGAAAGUUUGUGAUAAAAGAACCUUCCCUGUACACUUGUUGUUUGGGGGAGUUUGGGUUUGAACUUAGUUUUAUUUAUCUCUCUAGCAUUUUUUUCUUAGUUGUACUUUUCCUCCAAGACACUUGUAGUAAUGCAGUGUGAUAUUCUUAAAUUGACAUUAUUAAUCUCAUUUUGGAUAGGUUGCUGACUAUAUUCCACAACUGGCUAAAUUCAGUCCUGACUUGUGGGCAGUUUCUGUUUGUACAGUUGAUGGACAGAGGUAAGGUACAAUUCUUAAAUAUCUUAACUGUCCCAAUUUCAGCUAUGGGUGAUAGAAGCAGUACGCUAACUUUGAGGAAAUAAAUUUGCAUCAAGGCAAUUCUGUAAAAUCCAUGGUGUGUAUUCUUUAUUGCACUAGCUGUAGGGUUUGCUUUUUAUUUAUGUUCUGUUCAGUACACUCUCAUAUUCAGUAUAGAUCUAGGGUGACAUUUCUUUAAACAAUGGCUUAGCGCAAAUGAACAAAUGAGCAGGAUUUUGGAGAGAAGAUUUUGGCUGAUAAGUGAUGGUUUGGGCUUGCAUUGUGUCUAAACCUGGGCUUGCAAUUUGUAUGAAGAAGACAAACCACAAGUAGCAAGCAAGAACAACCCUUGGUUACAGCUCAUGGCUUGUCUGGACUGAUGUUUGCUUAGCAUGAUUUGGCUUAGCAUUCUGUGUGAUCUGGUUUCUAGUUUCUUCAUAAUAUAUAGAAGAAUUUUUGGUAGUCAUAUCAGUAGCAGUUUGCCUAAGCACUUUUCUGAGCGUAUUUCUGAAAUAGUGUUAAGACUUUGCAGUUUUGCUCAGUUUGAGAGUGGGUAGUUAUCCAGAUUAUCUAUACUAGGGGUAGGCAACCUAAGGCCCGUGGGCCACAAGCGGCCGUUUAACCGGCGACGAGCUGCCCGCUCAGCAAGUCACCGUGCGGUGCCGAAAAUCGUGUCUGGGCAUGCUCAGAUGCCGAAAAUUGUGUCUGUACAGACGCAGAUGUCAAAAAUCGUGUCUGCACAGACACCAGAAAUUGUGUCGACGCAGACACCAGAAAUCGCAGCCACGCGUGCUCACAGAGCCCACGUAGGGAUCUCCGCUGGAGUGAACCGGCCCAGACGAGAUAAACCUUGCCGACCCCUGAUCUAUACAAUAAUGCUACUUCAUAGCUAGCCUCUAAUUAAGGUGAGAUCCUUGGCUAUUAAAACCAAUGAGAGAUGUGACUUUGGUAGGUUGUGGCUUGUACGAUUGAAGCUAAUAUAUAUAUUUAGAAUUUAUUCUACACCAUUUUGGUGUAUGUGUUCUGGUUACUAGAUUUUUAUGCAAGUCUCUUUGAAAGUAAUGAGGAAUUGCCUGUUUCUCAGAUCCAAGCCAACAGGUUAGAAAUCUACAAACAAUGAAAAUACCGAGGUCUUGACGCAUUUUAAGUGUAACACUUCCUCUGAGGACGUGUUGAGAAUCAGAUAAAGCAGUGUUGAACUAAAAUGAUAUACUUAGUUUUGAUUUUGGUUUCAUUUUCAUUAUUAUAUAUCAGAUUUUUAACAGUUGUCCCACAUAUCUUUUUAAUCUUUUAAUUCAAAUACUGGACACACAGCACUUCUCACAGGGAAGUGCAGGAAGCCCCAAAUAGUUGUUUUUCUGGCUUGAGGCCAGGUCAUAGGAUCUAAUUCAGGGGAAAGUUUCCAGCCUUUGGAGCUCAGUUUCCUGAGUUAGUCCACAAAAAUGAAUCUUAGUAAAUCUCCCUGGCAUGACUAAAUAAAAGCUCAGCUCAGUUCACUUCUAGGUGUGUGUCUGGGGGGAAGCUAAUCAUUGGACUACAACUCCCAGCAACAUUGACUAUGCUGGCUGAGGCUGAUGGGAGUUAAAAUCCAACAACAUGUGGCAGUCCACUGGUUAACCACCCCUUCUAUAUAUUUAUUUAUUUCUUGAUUUUUUACGCUGCUUGAUUGUUAAAAAAGACAUACCCUCAAAACAGUUUGCAAAAAAGAUGAAAUAAAUCAGCAAGAAACUUGAAGAUGGUAAAAUAACAAUAGAGUCAAACAGAUGAAAACUUGCAUCAGCCCCUUAUUAUGAUUCUCAUUGUUAAAGAUUUCAUACUCCCCCUCUCUACUCUUGCAUUGUAGCUCUUCGUCUGAUUACCUUGUUUUGGCAAGCUGUAGCUUGCGGUUUCAUCAAAGUCUGUAAACUAUGGUUUGCACUCAUCUUUUAAGCUUGAACACGAAACUGCUGAGGGCAAGAUUAAACUAUGGCUUGUCUUUGGAAGAAAUGCCUGUGCAAUUUAUAACCUUCCUGUUUACGUGCCCUGCCACAUAUUGUAGCUGCUGUAUUUUUGCAGGGUUUUCCUUAGAGAUGUGGGAUAAACAGACAUAUAGUCCCCCACCCACAACCAUAUAAACACAAACACUCUUCUUCUCCCCUUGCCCUUGAUGUGUGAGAAUGGGAAAGUUAAAACCUCCUCUUCUGUUGCGUUGAGAUUAUUCUGCUUCCCCUCAGCCCAAUUGUAGUCAAUACUGUAUUGUAGCCAAUACUGUUUUCUUAGAGGUUCCAGGGGGAGCCAGUUAUUCAUGCUUUAUUAUUGUUGUUGCAACACUUAAAGAACUGUACGGUUGAAUAUUUUAACUGGCAAUUUUUGCAUAUAUGUUUUAAUUGUUUACCUUUCCCACCCAAACAAACUAGGAUAGUAGUGAAAUAAUAAUAAUAAUAAUAAACCUAUAUUCCAGCCUGAUGCAUCAUAUAAACGGAACAAAAAUAAUAGAACCCGCUUCAAAAGUCCCUUUCCCUAGGAUUAUAUCUAUUUCUCAAACCUAAUGUGACAAUUUUUAUUUUCCCCUUAAGUUGAAAUGCACAAUUACUAAUACAUUAUUUGUCUCUCAGGCAUUCUGUUGGAGAUACCAAAGUUCCAUUUUGUCUUCAGUCCUGUGUGAAGCCUUUGAAGUAUGCUAUUGCUGUUAAUGACCUUGGCACGGACUAUGUACACAGAUAUGUUGGUAAAGAGCCUAGUGGACUAAGAUUCAACAAAUUGUUCCUCAAUGAAGAUGGUAAGUUAGCUGAAUAUGUAUUUGCCACUUCCCAAUAUUCUAUCUUAAAAAAAAAACAGUGAGGGAUGGGGAAGAUGGAGAAGUGGGUUCAAGGGAAGAAUGAACUGGAGUGCCCCCUCCCUCUGUCUGUUCUAUGAAAUUGCUUGGGCAGAUCUUUUUUCUGGUUUUAGAUAUAAUUGCAGCUAAUGUCAUUUUAGGGACGCGGGUGGCGCUGUGGGUAAAACCUCAGUGCCUAGGACUUGCCGAUCGUAUGGUCGGCGGUUCGAAUCCCGGCGGCGGAGUGAGCUCCCGUCUUUCGGUCCCAGCUCCUGCCCACCUAGCAGUUCGAAAGCACCCUUAAAUGCAAGUAGAUAAAUAGGUACCGCUUUAUAGUGGGAAGGUAAACGGCGUUUCCAUGUGCUGUGCUGGUGCUGGCUCGCCAGAGCAGCUUCGUCACGCUGGCCACGUGACCCGGAAGUGUCUCCGGACAGCGCUGGCCCCCGGCCUCUUAAGUGAGAUGGGCGCACAACCCUAGAGUCGGACACGACUGGCCCGUACGGGCAGGGGUACCUUUACCUUUACCUUUAAUGUCAUUUUAUGGUUUAAGGAGAGUGAAUGAGAAGAUGUUGUACAUAUUCAGAUGUGCUUGCCAGAGUGCUUGGGUAGCAGACUGUGUAAAACAAAGAAACCUGAGUGCAUACUUUAGCUCAAUAUUUUCCUGGGAAAAUUGUGGUGUUUGCAUUGUCCCACAUAAGCAUUUGGUGUGUUCCAUACCAGAGUUGGGUUGUGGGGAAAGGAUUGUAGCACCAGGGUGAGAGAAAAGGUUUAAAGAACUUCUCUAUCCAGUCCAGUGCUGUGAUGAUUCUCUCCCCCCCCCCCCGCCGCCCCACCUGCUUAACCUUUCUUUUCUCUUCAAAUGUGUGGGUUAAUCACUCCUGUUCUAGAAUUGCGGGCAUGAUUAAUGCCAAGUAAACCCACUGGUUUCUGGGCCAGUCCUAUAGUUCAUACAGAUGCACAACAGGGAUCCUUGUGGGACAACUAUUACCCUUUGCAUAUCCUCAUCCUGGACCCUGCUAUUCCUAGUGACCCCAAAGUGAAGCAGCAGUGUUACCGAAAAACCAAGAUUGCAUACUUAUGAGUUCACCCAUGCAGCUGCAUGGUCUGUUGUCAUUCAUAGGUACUUGUUCAUGGUUAUGGCUACCAGCAUAUUUCCAGUCUGUAGAUCCAGUAUCAAGAAGUAGUGACCAUCUUUGAAAGAUUCUCCAAUCUCAAUGAACCUUUUGGCGCUCAAAUUCACAAGGCUUUCCCCUCCAGGUCAGGAAAGGGAACACUGUCUUGAAAGAGCAGAGGACAGCAUUUCCUCUCUGCCCUAUCAUGGAGGGGGAGGGACAGAAUUAGAGUGCUAUGUGAGAGGGCUGUGUGCCUCUGUGCAUGCAAUCAUAUGUGUGCAAGUAUGAGCGCAUGACUGCAUGAACAAGAGAAAAUGUAUAUGUGAUGUACAUACUUUGGUCAUGCUCACCACUGCAGUCCUUGGAAGGGUGGCAGAUUGCCAAUGUGAAUGUGACCUGUAGGCUGGAAAAGAUUAGCCGUUGCUGUUGUUGAGUGAAACUCCUUCCUUCCUUCUGAUUUAUGGUGAUAAGAUAACGAGGGACAUUGUUUGUCAGUCUUCUCUGUUAUAGAAAGUAAUACUAUUGGUCACCUAACAUCAGUGGGAGUUGUGCUGUCAGUUUAUGUGAUAUCCUUGACUAUAUAUGGUCUCCCAUGUUCUGUGGUUAUAAACACCGCAUUGUACCUAUGGUGCACUUGGGAAUGUUUUGUGUGGAGAAAAGAAAUCCUUUAUGUGAACAUUAGUCUGCCAAAUUUCUCCCAUGCAGCAGGGCUUUACUGCUUCCUUUCCCGCUGCAAACCCCUAAGACCUCUUCUGGGGGCAGGGGGCCCUUUAGAACAGCAUAGGAUGUGACAUUAGGGUUCUAGGGUGUGGUUGGUGGGGGUUGACUGCUGCUUUGUUGCUCAUCAGUUGAUAAAAUUGCUCUUAAGUAAAAAUCUUUUUUAAAAAUUGCAUGUUUUUCUGGGUGAUACCUCACUGUGGCGCCCCACCUGUUCAACCGACUAUUGCUUGUAUGAACAGAACUUCCCUUUCCCCCCUCCUUUCCCCUGCAAUAGCCCACAUGCUUCCCAAAUUUGCUCUGGAGGGUUGGGGCAAAUUGGGGUGGGGACAGUUGCAUCCUUUGCUAUGAUGUUGGAUCUCGCCCUCUGUGUGGCUUUUUGCAUAAGCUGUCACUAAAUAUGUUGAAAGUGAAAUUACAUUCUGGUGACUCAUCUAGCUGAGGAAUGAAAGACUGGGUUUAUUAGUGAAAAACCUGCAUACUCCCAGUAUCUUUGCUUGGUGAGAGAAGACACCUCUCGGUUGCCAUGACACCAAAUUAAUUUUUAAUACAAUGAUAAUUAAGAGAUGGCAGUUGAAGACCAUGUGAUCUUUCUGCCGAGGAAUAGAUUUCAUGUGUUUGUUUAUCUGAAAGGAAAUGCUCGUAAUUUAGAAAUACAGUACACAUUUUUGGCUUAAAGCUACUGCUAAAAGAUAGAUAUUUAGUCAUAAAAUUAGCCUGUCUAGCUCUUUUUGUAUUUUAAUAUAGUUUUAUUAGUGUUCACAGAUGUCGUACAGACUCUGGAAAGUUCUUAAUUUAACAAUUAAUGUGGAACAUUUAAACAGCUCUGUACAUUAAGGAUUUGUGCUGGUUUAUACUUUGAAUAGUGAAUAUAGGUUUGAAAGACAGAACUUUAAUUAAGCAUCGACAAAUACUGAUAUAGAAAAGUCCCCUUGGUAGUCUGAGAUGUAACUGAUGCUACUUUUUGUUGAGACAUUAAAAAGAAGCUUGUUUUUAUUUUGGAGUUGUUUGUUAUAAAGAAUGUAUAUUAUGUGAAUAAAAUAAUAAAGGAUUUGAAAGGGGGGGGGGGAGAAGAAACUUGGUCCAGAGGUCUGCUGGUUCCAUAGGCUGUCUGUUAAUUUCCAUUUUUGCCCUCUUUGCUCAUUUUGGACCCAUCUGUGGGAAUCAUUAGCCUCGGAGCAUAAGUAACUUCGUUCACUUGUAGAUGUAUUUAGCCUUGAAUUCCAGGCCAUUAACUUCUUGAUGGUGAUUACUAAGCUCUUAAUACAUAAGAACUAGGAUACUGUAAUGUCCUUGGCACAGUUCCAAGUGUGUGAAUAUCAGCAGUUGUUUCCACAGGCAGGAUGCGCCAACUGUUGUGUCUAAAAGUUACUGCUAUGUGCCAACUCAAUAUUUCAUUAGAGUAGAGCGCAUGCACUUUCAUUGACUAUCCUAAAUAUAGUCCACUAGUUUUCCUAUAUCACAGUGUCAUCUUAACAAUAUGGAUAAUCAUCGCUGAAUGUUGAAAGCAGCUGAGGUAAUUUCACCUCACCAUAAGACGUUAAAAAAAAAAUACUAACGUUUGUUCUAGGACUGUGAACUAUUUUUUUUUUACCUGUUUUCUCCUUGCAUAUAUUUUGACAGCAUAUUUUAUUGGAUACCCUUGCACCACUAGGUCCUGUAGCCAAGAUGUUCUAGUUCAGUAACAACUCCCUUUUCUGCAUGUAGAGUUUACAGCUGAAACAUAAAUGGGGUGUAGUAUACAGAACAAAACUAAUUCAAUGGUGAGAUUUCCAAAUCUGUCUGCGCAAGCAUAUCAGUUUGUCAGACUGAAUUAUCUCUCCCAGUACAUUCUGGGGGUUCUCCUGGACUCUUCCCACUGAGCUUAUUUGGGGGGGGGCAGGGGGGAGCCCUUUGCAGAAGUGGAAGUACUAGAACAGGGUUCAUUAGGUGAAUAAAGCCCCAUGUUAAUAAGUUUGUAUAUGUUAAUCAAUUUUUUUAAAAAAGUUUGCUGCGUUUAGUUUAAUUGAAAACUUAUAUUUCUACUGUUACUCAGAGUAGAGUUAACUUCUUUUUAGAUGACGUGAAUGCAUGUGCCAUUAUCUCUGGCAUGCAAGAGCUGUCUAUUUCAUUUCAUUAUUCUGGUUUGGAAUUUAGUCCACUUAUGCAGUAGGGAAUCCUGACUACAUGUGGAAUGUUGGUUGAUGGAGAAGAGAAUAGAUUGUGCUGGUUUUCACACACGUUUUGUUAAUUUAAUUCCUUGGGUAGUGAAUGUACAUGACUGAAUAACUUUUGUUUUGCAGACAAACCUCACAAUCCUAUGGUGAAUGCUGGAGCAAUUGUGAUCACUUCCUUGAUCAAGGUAAAAUGUUUACACAAAUUUUCUGAACUGCAUUAUUAACAUUUUUGUGGAAAGCUAUGUUGUGCAAUGUUAGAUAUUGCACGGACAAUGAAAAUUUUAAUUUGAAUUGCAGUUUGUAGUCCACACAAGCAUGCGGGCAAAUAUGCAAAAAUAUUUGAAUCUAGAGGGGUAUGUGUGAAAGUAACUGUUUUCCUUGCUAGUUUUCUGAAACUAAACCCUACCCUGUAUGUUCAAAAACCAGUUCUGGGGUAUGGUACGAAAUAAUUUUAAGGGGAAAUGCUCUUGGUGUGUUAUUUCUCUCUUCUCCCUCCUCCUUUAAAUUUGCUGGAUUCCAAACUGCUGUUUGAAAUAGGUUGGGUUAAAGAUGGGCUUCUACUUUUUUCAGAGUAACACAUGCUUCUCUAGAUUUGUGGCCUGAAUUAUAUUAAAAUGGAAGGAAUAUUAGAUAAGCAUAACACCUUCUACUUGAGAUUUUAUGGAUUCUGUGAAACAUGCAACUCAUUUUAAAGUCUGUUAAAUGAGAACUUGUACAUCAAUUUUAAUAUACAGUUUAAAUUGUUUCUUACAUAUUUUAGCAUUUGUUGCAGUGAUGCUCUUCUAGAGGAUUUAAAACAAAAAUUGUUUCUACAUCAAGUGUAUAUUUUGAAUGACAGAAUUGUUCAUUAUAUUUACAAGUAUUAACAUACUUUGGGUGUUUACAUCAUUAAUAUGCCUUAAUUGCUCAUUUAGUGUGAUGAGAUAUCUGUAAGAAUUAAAAACUUAUACUGGAAGCAGUGGCUCUCUAGAAAUAAGUGAAAGCUAAUCAACAUUUCACUCCCCUAGUAGCCUUAAAAGUGGACAACCUAUGCUGUUGAUUACAUCUUAACAUCCAUUAAUUUGUUUUCAGACUUUUAGAUAUGAGAGGCUACUUCAGUCUUGGCUCAUGAUUUUCUGCUUUUCGUUAUAUUGAAUAAAAUAAAAUAAAAUCCUGCUUAAAACAUUUAUCUUUAAUAGCUAUAGGUGAAGGAAAAUGGCCUUAAGUAUGACAGGUAAAUUUAUUCAUGUUUAACUUUUCUCUGUAGGUUUAAAUAACUUUGAAAUUCAUUUUGACAGUGGGUUAGAAUAAGCAAUAUACAAUACAUCAAAUACUUGACUGUAAUUAUUGCCACAGUACAGCCUGUUACAAAGUACUGUAGGGUAAAAUCCAAAGUGCAAACUUUCCUGGAAAUAAGUUCCACUGUAAUUAGUCUAAAAUGUGCUUUUCUAUCACAGCAGUGUAGGUUUCAGGCUGUUGUAAUAUUCUGCAGUUUUAGUUUUUACUGCAUGCAAUCGUGAUAUCAUGACAAGAACACUAUAGCAACUUUUGUAGCCAGUACUGGAUUGCAUUGAAACUUUGCAUGUAGUAUACUUGCAUGUCCAGCAGACAUAAAUCACCAUAUUGCAUCAUCUGUUUAAAGUGAUUGUAAGACAUUUUUUGUGAUACAUCUACUGGGAAGCUAUUUUGUAAAAACUGAGUGACUAUGAAAACCUAGGAAUCAGCACUGGGUUUUUAAUACUUGGUUUUAAUUUAAAAAUAUUUUCGCUAUCAUUCUGAGUUAAUUGUAAGCUCACACUUAGUAACAUUCACAACCACAGGCUAAUGGUAUGUUUGCUUGGAAAUAAGCCUUGCUGUCUCCAAUGAGACCUACUUCUAAUGCCUAUGUAUAGAAUUAGAGUAGCUUCAUACAUGAAUUUGGAGCAUUUGUUAGCUCAAGAUCAUAGAAUACUAAAAUUUCUGUGCUUGGUCUAGUACAGAGUGGCAAGUCAAAUGGCUGUUUAAGGCUACAAUCCAAAGAUGUGAUCUGUUUUGUUGAAGAGGGUGCAAAACCUUGGGAAUUCAUUCAUUGCGUAUCUUAAACGUGUACCUUAUUACAUGUUGUUUUUCACAACUGUAUAUGCAAUAGGGCAAUAGUUCUAACUGGUUAGCAUAUUUUGUUUACUACUGCCUUUCAUGAUGCCAUUCUAAACCUACUGCCAUUUGAAACCAUUAAAAUAUAACACAUAUAGUGGCAAGACAAUGCUGAGUUGUACCAAAGUCCUUUCCUGUAUAUAAGGAAAGUUAUAGAAGCUCCUUUAGCUUGAGUGGUUAAAGCAUAUUAGUCACUGACUCCUAAAGUAUGGUACAUAAGAGAAAGUAAAGUUAUUUUCUAGAGCAGUCAAUGGCCACCACUGAUACAACAUUAAGCCAUGAUUUUAAGGGUCUGGGUUCAAAGAGUGCAACAAGCCAGGCGUUGACUUACUUUGGCUGUGAUGUGGUAGCUGCGGGAGUUGGAUAGGACCAUUGCAGGAAGUGUUUGAGCACUAGCAAGCUAACAUAAAGCCAUAGUUUGUUUUAAACUAUGGUUUGAUGUCGUGUACAAAUUGGGCCAGUGAUAAACAUCUCAAUUAAAAUUAAACUCACUUUGUACAGUACUUAGAUGCGGCUGUAUUGAGUGUGCAGUAAAGAUGUGCCGGGUUUUUGUUGGCCACUCCUGGGGAGAUUGCUGGGCUAAAUAGAUCUCAGAUAUGGCCUAAGAAAGCCGUUCUUAGUGACUAAGGUUUCUUGUUCUUGCGCAUACUCUGGUCUGUUGCUUCUCAAAGUGCUACUAUACAGUUUUGGAUCUUGCAUAGUGGCAGCCGUAUGUCAGGAGCUGGGCAUAAAAGCCUUACUGAAUGAGAGAUGCUUGCUAUGUGAACCUGCUGAAUAAUAGUGUAUUGACAGCUACAAAUCUGUGGUGUAGGACAUAGGUGACUGAUCGGCAUUAGAAUUCGAAAGAUUUUAAUUCUCAUGCAACAUACCGCAUGACCACUGUUAAGAGAGAGGUCAUCUAGAGAGGUCAAAUGAAUAAAGGCCUCAGUGUAACAAAUCUUAAGAACUGGUGCUCUGUGGGAAUACAAAAUAGUUAUAAUCAUGUACAUAGGUGAGCAGAGAAUGUAAUAACAAUGAUUGCUCCUUUUCACCCAUUUUCUAGUGUGCACCACCAUAACAUGAGGUGAAUUCUUCCUUUGGUCAGACCUUGCAGUUCUUACCAUGGUUGAAAUUUAUACGUACACGUUACAAUUUUACAGUUUGGUGUUACUACCUUUCCCCGCCCCCUGGCAAGUGCACAAUUUAAUUAAUGAAAGCUAUUCUCUUUUCCAAAAUUCUAAAUACAAAAAUCCCCUUAUGUGGGAAUCCCAAGCUCUAGUUAAAAGAUACACGAGUCUUAAAUAAACUGCUGUAUCUGAACGUCUUUGCAGUUUCUAGAUUUACAUUUUGAAACAGUAUUUGUAAUUAUUAUUUUUAGGUGUAGUUAAGCAUAGCAAUUGGAGGUAAGCCCUAAUUGCCAGCCAUUAACCCCUCAGAAGACAUGGUUUUCCAUUAUUAAAAUAUUUGUCCUAAUGCUUGUAAUGGUCACUUUUUCAGUUAAUGUUUGAUAAGUUUUGCAGGGCCCAUUGCAAUCCAGAAUAAACUCCCAGAAAAUAGACUAGGUUGGUUUAUAUACCCAGCGGACCCUUUUUGUUUAAUUUUUUAUAUAGAGACAGUGAAAGAAUCGGGAUAGCUAAUAGAACUGAUGUCAAAGUAUGUUUUGGAGAGUAAAUAUUCUUCAAGGUUUUUUUGCAUUCACUUAGAGGAAACUCUUUAGAAAUUCAGUAUCAGAACUGAUAAUGGAUGCUGCUUGUCAAUGGAUGGGCUCCAUCAAUGGAAGGAUUCCAACAACCUUAUCUAAAAAUGAGGGGAAGGAAAACCACUUAUAAAUCAUUUUUUUCAGCUUCAGCUAUGAAAUAAUAAAUGCAAUCAUGAGAGCUAACAAAGUAAUACCUGGAAUAGACCCAUUGAAAUAAAUGGAGUUAAGUAAUGUUCAUGUGGACAUAUUCCUAGUGAUCAAACUGACUAGGGCAACCUAAGUCUCAGAUUGGAACCCAUUUACUUAUGAAAAUGGUGGAGAACUGAACUAACCUCUAUCUGCAUAGAAGUUGUACUAGAUGUAAUGAAAGCUAGCAGUUCUUGCAGGCUCAUCCCUAUAAAUGUUAUACGACAACUCUGCUCUUCAUACCCUAUAGCUUCUGAAUAUAUUCAGCCUUUUGUUCUGUGUUUCAGCUGAUUACUCAGUUUAGUAAUCCUGCAGCUAAAUGGAUAUAUGUACAGAAACAGCUUUAUUUCUUUAAACAUAGAUCACAUUUCCCUUUCCCUCCCUCCUGCUUACUCAGACAUGAUACUUGUCUUUUCCUAUAGGUUCUUCAAAAUUUUAUAUAUAUCUGAAAAAAAUAUUAAUAGUAACUUGCUUAGUUUUCCAAUGCAUGGUCUGUUGUUUAUGAAAAUAUUAAUUAAUACAACACUUCUGCUGUUUGAGGUUGUCUCUUUCAUCUUGACAAUCCUUUAUUCCAAUUUUAUAGAAAUAGUCCCACUGAGUGAAUUUACCAAAGCUCCCCAGUAUGUCCAUUUCUGAGAUGAGACCUACUUAAUCCAGGGUCUCCUAGAUUCCAAUUCAAGCUAGGCUAGAAGUGUUGGUCAGAUGUAAAACACAACCAAAGCAAAAGAUUAUUAAACAAUAUGGUCUAUUUGUGUUCGAAGGUUUAAAUGUAACUUGUAAGCAACAAUUACAAAUUGAGUUUACAUAUUAAAAUUCUAGCCAUAAAUAUAAUACUAGUCAUAAAUAUAAUACAAGAAUUGAUCUUGUUUGUGUUUCGAUAUGCUCUCAAAUCAUUCAGUCAAGCCCUGAUCAUAGGCUAGAUCCAGAAAAAGUAAUAUUUUGAGCAGACCCUUUGAAAUCAGUGGGACAAAUUAUCUGUGACUUCCAAUUUGCACACUGAAAGUUCUCUUCUGUGCCACUGUUUGGGAAAACUGUAUGCAUAUGGUGUUGAUUUUGCUAAUAGUUAUUUUCCUGACAUUGAACUUAUGUGGCAGUUUUGGCACAUACUGGGUUUCACGCAACUCCAGUGAGCAUGUGGUUUAUAGAUAUUUAUUUGAAUAAUUCUGGAACUUUGAAUCAGGAUAUCUUAAGUAUUCUGACACCCCCCCCCAAAAAAAAAAAUCUGUUCUGGGGGAUUCUUUCAACCCUGGGGAUGUUGCAGAGGGAGGUGGGGUAAGUUCUGUUGCACAGGUGCUAUUCCUUGCAAGUACAUAGUUGCAUAAUCAGCCUUUGGAGGAAGAACCACAUAAGCUUGCAUAAUACAAGUCAAGUAACAGUAUUAAGCACAGAAUUAAACAUGGUGAGGUAGUACCUCAAAACUGAGAGCUAUAAGAAAAAUCUAAGUAUUGCUGAGAUCCUAUUGCAUGCUGAUGCAAUUAUAAUAUAAAUAAAUAAAAUGAGAGCCUAUCCUCUAAUUUAAUAUGGAUAUGUAAACGUUCUUUUAAAAACUUGCAUGAAUGGUGUGUCAUUGGAUUGUCUCAGUCUAAAACUACUUUGUGUUCAUAGACGUUCAUUGUAUAUACACAAAAGUGUGCAUAUACACAUAAAUAUACAUUCAAGCAUGCACACUGCAAGUGUGUAUAUGUAUAUAUUAUGUUUGUGAAGUUAUUGCAUGGUACGUUUGUAGACAGAUGAACUGCUUGUAAAACUUCAUAUAUAAAAAACUUGAGACUCCACAAAGUGGAAAAUUAGACUGAAGUCAAAAUAAAAUUUGGAGAGAACAAAGAACUGCUCUAUGUUCCAUCUCAAAGUUGCCGGGGGAAAUAUUUUCACAAUUUCCAGGGGGGAAAACAACUCUCAAAUAUUUGGUGCCUCAUUUCUGGUUGACUUUACCUACAACUUUUGCCUCCUUUAAUCUGUAAAAGAAAUGGGAAAAACUGGCAGUGUUAAGAACCUGCAUUAAGAGUCCCAUUUUAACGAAUAGUUCAUGCAGUACAAGCUAAAUCCAAGUUUAGGGUUUUGCUUUUUAAAGAUGCUUACUUUUUAAUCAAUGUGCUUAAACUGGUAUCUAGAAGGUGCUGUGAAAGAGUGUUUUUUGUGUGUGUCAGGGGUUGUUUUUUUUUUGGAGCUAAAGGCAGGGAAACCCUGAAUUUGAUAAAUGCUGAAAUAAGUUUGCUCAGACACCAUUGUUUGCUAUGUUUACUCUGCUAAUAGUAUCAAACAUAUGAAGAUGCUCCUUUGGUUUUUUUGCAGUUAAGGUCGGGUGCGGGGAGAGAACCAAUCCUUUCUGUACUUUUGGCAUUAAGCAUCUUUCUCCUUACCCUGUAAUACGGGGGAGAAAUGCAAAACUUGUUUCAGUUUUUAACUGCCUUAACCUUAACGACAAUGACCAGUACGGCAUCCCGUAACUAAUGCUGACCCACUUUCCCAAAGCAACAUUCACUGUGCAUUUAAAAGGUUUUUGUGGUUUAAAUGUUGUUACAUAUUUUACAGCAUUAGGAUCUAUGGAAUAUUUUGACAACUGCAACAGUUCAAUGAAGUUGGUAAUUUCUUCUUUUAAUUAUUUUUUCAUUGAACAGAUUUGGAGUUACACUUUUUUAAAAGCUUGUUUUUCUAAUGCCUUUCAACACAAUGCUUAACCUUUUUAGCGUAUUUCUUAAAUAGUCAUUGACUAUGGGUAGCAGUAUUUUUACUUUAUUGGUGCAUAACUUUUGACACAACAGUGUGGUAUUCUUUCAGCUGGUGAUCAUACGUGUAUGACUGCACAUCACUAGAUGAGCUGGUGCGUGUGGCUUCACAGAUUAUCUGCAACACCCUAAUCCACUUGUAGAAUGGGAAAUGAGGCUGGCUUUAUGCAUUUCAUGAGUAGAAUUCUGGUACAUACAGGAUUCAGGUUUUUUUUUUCUUUCCCCUAUAUUAAACAUAGUGCAAGUAAUGUUUUUUGGAUUGAUUUGAGGUAGUGCUUUUAGAUAACAGAACUAAAUAACAUAUUAACCCAAUGUUUCUGAGGCAUUAAGUAAUGCCUAUUAAUUUGUGACAGUCUGUUUUUAAAGUUUAUUAAGUAUAUUUAUAAUAAUAAAAAAAUAAACUUAUGCAAUAUGCAUCCAUCCAUCCUGAUGCUUAACAAUAGAUUCCCAGCCACAUUUAGUUCUGGAGACGGUCUGUUGUUAAAAUGGUAUUCACAACAAAUCUCUUAGAAAUUGCCUGUCAAGUUAGUCCUUUGGACACACAGAUACAGUUGCUAGACUGUUGUUCGGAUAAGGAUAAUGCUUCUUUAUCCUAUACCACCGCUUUCCCAUCAAAUAUGGUAAAUCUGACUUAUUUAAAAUACCCUACCUCCAUAGCGGUUUAUAGCUGUGUUUCCAUAGUGUUUAUUUUUUAAAUUUUGAGCUGGCAACCAGGGAUAUUCUUGAAAAUAAGAGACAACAUAUGGAAAAAAACAGCACAGUUAAAAUAACCAGUUUUGUUUUUUUGACAAAAGAAAAUACCCAUUUUAAAUAUCCACAUAUCAAGUACCUGUAGCAAGAACUUGAUUCUGUGGCCACAACCCAGAGUAGAGUGAAUGGAGAUCUGUACAGAGAGGCUUUCCCUUUUGGGGUAGCAAGUUCUCUUUGCCCCCAAUAUAAUUUACGCAGAGUAACAGCUUGGGCCAGGGCUCCUAGAUAUAUACACCCAGGCAUUGAUGAUUGAGGGCUUUACACUUGCUAUAUCAUAUAGCAAGCAUGAAAACAUAACAGUGCCAAUUGUAGAGUUGCCUUUAUAUCGUUCCUUGAGUUUCUAAGCAAGGGUAUAAUGCUGAAAUAGGGGCUGUGUCAAGGUAGAGGGAGGAUUGUGCUCUGUCCUUUGAGUCCCACUGAUGCUUAAAUGGGCAUUUUAAAAUGUUUGCCAGUUAAUAAAAUCCAGGCAUCUUUUGAACUGCAUUUGGACAGUAUAUCUGCUACUGCAAUUUCUGUUAUACUGUAAGAUGCUUACCUAUAAAACUUUGGAAUUAAUGGCUGGGGUGUAAAGAUGCUUAUGCACACACCCAGGAUUUCCCAUGCGUGCAUCAGGGCAUCCUUGAUACUUUCCCCAAUUGCUGUUUGUGCUGUUUUGGAGUCAUUUCCUAAGUUUUGACAGCAACUUAACAAGUGGCAGAAGGGAUGCACAAAUGGAAGUUCUCAGCUGGGAUGUGAGGGCGAUCUGGCUGCGACAUCUGUCACCCCAUUGAUCGCCAGGGUUGAUUCGGCUGAUGUGGCUGGCUAGGCGGGUGUCCCCUUCCUCCCUCACCGCUCCAUGUGCGUCCCUCCCGAAGCUGCGCGCUCGGUGGAAGAGGACGACCAUCCCAGAUAGAAGGAGUGUACCGUUCUUCGGUCAAGGGUAUACGAUAGCUGCGCUCCCCUGCUAGAACCUCCAAACAAGCUCAAGGUCCAUUUGUAGGAGAACGUAGGGUAGUCAAGCUUCCAAGACUCCAGACACAUCCAAGUAAGGUGCUGCAUGUGGCAGUUUGCCAUUCUUUUCGAAAAAGAAAAAAAGGGGGGGAAAAGGAAGUUCUCAGCUGGACUCUUUGGUUAUAGCUAGACUUUUUCAUGCAGUUGCCCUUAUAGCAGUGGUAACACUCAUCUUCUACUCAAUAGUUUACGUACAACUGUCACUGGCCCCUAAAUAAAAUAGCACUGAACAUUCUAGUAUCCAGCAUAAUGUAAAAUAAAGUCUUGGACUACAAGAAUGGAACGUUAAUGUAUCCACUGAUUACAAUAAACUAUAAGUGAAUUUCCAAGGCACUAAUUCAUAAUUGAGUAGAGCACUUAAAAUAAAGCUAGCCUUAUUCAAUGUUCAUCUCUGUUUCCUCACCUUAGUAAUUUUCAAAAACUGAAACUUUCUGUAGUGUUCUUAAGUUUGAUAUAAACAAUUUAGUAAUCUAACUUUAGGUAUUUAGACUAAUAAAUAAAACAAUAGUUUAACAUUAAAUAUUUAAGUAGUUAUAGAUUAUUAUGAAUUAUUUUCUUUAACUAAGUUAAAUUAGAAUUAAAACUUCUCUUGUAUUAACAAACUUUGUAAAUGUGUCUUCUUUCCUUUCAGCAAGGAGCAAAUAAUGCUGAGAAAUUUGACUAUGUAAGUGAACCAUCAAACCUUUUAAAAAUUAUUUCCCAUAGUUGAGUUUGAAACUGCAGGGUAAAAUUUUAUUUUUGUAUUUGCUUUUUUCCCUUCAUUUCUGAUCUGUGAACUGGCAUUCAAAGUCUAAUUUAAGCAAAAGAAAAGAAAAGCCAUAAUCUUGCUCCUGUAGAAUGAACUUGGGUUCUGAAACACACCACGCUAUGAUAAACUUUUCAUAGUUGGUGCUUUCGAGAAUCAGUUUCCUUCCUUUUUGUAUUAUUUUCAAUUUCUGAAAGUCUACAUUGCUUCUGAAGAAGGAACUUCAGUUCCAAAACAUGCCAAACAUCAAUAAACUUUAAUAGUUGGCGAAAACAGCGAAAACAUUGAAACACCUAAGUAUUGUUUGUGCAGCUUAACAACCCAGUUCUCACAAAAUGCUAAGCCAUUGUUCAGCAUUAUAGGGACAGUCCUUGGAGGCAAACAUUGCCCUUUCAUCUUUCAGUCCAAGGAGGAAAUGGAAGCAUUUGUUUCCUGGUUUAAAAUAACCACAGUUUACAUCUAAACUGGACCAAAACUGUAGUUACUUUACACUAUGGUUUAUUGAAAUAAGCCAGAUAAUAAACCCUACUUUGAUCUCGUCUUGUUUCAUUAAACAGUCAGUUAAAUUAACCUGAGUCCCUCAAUGGGACAUGACAUAAUAAACUGGCUUCCUCUAGACCACAGAAGUGGAAGCUCCCAAUCUCAUGGCUGUGCUGAAGGAGGAGUGGAAGUGCAUAAACCUAAGGCUUGUUCUCGUGAUGCAAAACCAAGGUUUCAUAUUUCAUCUGAACCAAGCCAAUGAAUGUUGAAUCCUAGGCGUAUGGGGAUAAUAAUAAUAAUAUAAUAAUUUAUUAUUUAUACCCCGCCCAUCUGGCUGGGUUUCCCCAGCCAAUCUGGGCGGCUUCCAACUGAAUAUUAAAAACAGUACAGCAUCAGACAUUAAAAACUUCCCUAAAGAGGGCUGCCUUCAGUUGUCUUUUAAAAGUAAAAUAGUUGUUUAUUGCCUUGACAUCUGCUGGGAGGGCGUUCCACAGGGCAGGCGCCACUACCGAGAAGGCCCUCUGCCUGGUUCCCUGUAACCUUACUUCUCGCAAUGAGGGAACCGCCAGAAGGCCCUCGGCACUGGAUCUCAUUGUCCAGGCUGAAUGAUGGGGGUGGAGACGCUCCUUCAGGAAUACAGGACCGAGGCCGUUUAGGGCUUUAAAGGUCAGCACCAACACUUUGAAUUGUGCUCGGAAAUGUACUGGGAGCCAAUGCAGAUCUCUCAGAACCGGUGUUAUGUGGUCCCAGCGGCCACUCCCAGUCACCAGUCUAGCUGCCGCAUUCUGGAUUAAUUGCAGUUUCCGGGUCACCUUCAAAGGUAGCCCCACAUAGAGCGUGUUGCAGUAGUCCAAGCGGGAGAUAACUAGAGCAUGCACCACUCUGGCAAGACAGUCCGCGGGCAGGUAGGGUCUUAGCCUGCGUACCAGAUGGAGCUGGUAGACAGCUGCCCUGGACACAGAAUUAACCUGUGCCUCCAUGGACAGCUGUGAGCCCAAAAUGACGUUACUGUACAUUCUGAAAACAUUGUGAUGCUUCUUUAACAGGUGAUGCAGUUCAUGAAUAAGAUGGCUGGAAAUGAAUACGUUGGGUUCAGUAAUGCCACGUAAGUAUGCUUUUUAGUUUUAAAAAUUUCCUCUUUACCCAGUUUCUUCUUGAGUCUAUACUUAGUUCUGCUACCGUAAGUUAGGUAGUAAGUACAUUGGAACCUCGGUUUUCGAACGUAAUCCGUUCUGGAAGACCGUUCAACUUCCGAAACGUUCAAAAACCGAGUCACAAUGGGCAGUCGGCAAUUUCAAUGGAGAAAAUUGAAAAACCCUCAGUGGAAGCUGUUCAAUUUCCAAGGCAUGUUCGAAAACGAAAGCAAUUACUUCCGGGUUUUCGGUGUUCGAAAACUGAAAUGUUUGGCUUUGGAGACCCUCGAAAACCAAGGUUCCACUGUAGUUCAAACAAGUGUUGGUUUAUUCAAAUGGAGCAUGAUUUAUGCUUGUCCUCACCAAACACUCCCUUUUCUGAGUCGUGUAGCACUUAAGGAAAAGGAGAUGUGGUUCCUUCAAAGGCCCAGGGAGGCAGUUUCUCCUUUGUAAGUGGCUUUUGGGGAAGCACCAGCAGUGACUCACUACUGUUGCCGCCUCCAAAACUCCACUUCUUCCAAGCUCUCUUGAGAGAAGAAAAUAUAUUUCUUUUUCUUUUCUUAGGAUUUUUCUUUGGGGGGGGGAGCAGUAGCAGGGCAUGCCCAACUGCAGUACAAAAACUAGUUCUUUCCAUAUUAUUGUGGAGGGAAAUAGGUGGUUUUUCAACUGCAGAGUUGGGUGGAAGGUUCCCUCUGCAAUAACUGAGCAGAAAAGGAAAGAGACCACCACCACCCCUUUUCUCCACGAAAAAGGCAGGCAGUACUGUUCCUUUUUCCAUCAGGUUUUGCUGGAUGCGGCGGCUGGUGUUUUUUCUCAGCAGCUCAACGUGCCAGGAGGGAGAGCAUUUUUGAGGAUGAAAGGAGAAAGAGUUUUUGCCACGAGCAGGACAUUUUGCGAAAGCACAGGGAGUGUUCGCUGGACAGCAGAAGGACAUUGCCACUAGCAAAUAAGAUUAUGAAAUCCUGAUUAAAAUACGCUCAGGAUGCUUGGGGAAAAAAGGAAAUUCUAAAAUUCCAUUGCUUCAUUGCCUUAUUUUCAGCCAACAAAAGUCAGCCAGAAGAAACAGAUCUUAAAAGCUGCUGAAAGAUGUUUUGGCAUUGGAGCAUCUUCUACGGAAAGAGUUGGAUUGCUGUAGUUCAGCCACCCCUGAGUGAAUGCUUCUCUGUGUCUUUUGCAGACUAUACUUGACUCAUGAUGUUAUGUGGUCUGGCUCAAGGAACAGUCUGCUUUGGAGAUGCUCAAACCGAACUGUUAAUAGCUUUGUAAAAGUUAUGGAGGGAGGUAGCACCUUGAACUGUGUUUCAAAAGCAAUAUGAAGCCAGUGCAGAUUCUAGAGUGCUGAUAGAAUUGGCAUCCAUUGAUGGCUUGCCAGGAAGCAGCCUGCUGUACCAGUUAAAGCCUGGCCUAGCUUCAAAGUUCAUAGAAAGGUGCAUGAUCAGAGUUGGAAAGGAACACAAGGGCCAUUUAGUCCAACCCCCUGCAAUGCUGGAAUCUUUUGCCCAACAUGGGACUCAAACCCACAACCCUGAGAUUAAGAGUCUCAUGCUGUACCCACUGAGCUACAUUAUAUGGGAACUGCAGGUUGCCACUCCCUUGCUCAUCCGAUAUAUGCAAUGAAACGCAAUCAUGGAAUCCUUCUAGUUUAGAAAUUGUUUUUUUGCUGCAAAACUAAGAAUUGCUUGUUGCAUCUGUAACACUUCCCCUUUCCUGGGAGUGGGCCCCACUGCACUUAGUACAAGUUACUUCUGUGUAGACAUGUAUAGGUUUGCACUGACCGUAUUUUACGACCCUUUCUAUUUUCCUUAUUUAAUAAUUUGCAGUUUUACUGAAAAUUUAUUCAAAUCGGACAAUGAAGAAAUGCUCAAUAGGCAGCCUUUGUUGUUGUUUUGGCCAGUAAUGCCCUAUGGCACUAAUUUGUUUUUAAACUAAGUUUAAACGAAGCUUGUGUCUUGCGAAACCUGUAGAUUGGGUAGCUAACAUUUUUUGGGCCAGUGGACAGGCACAUUUGGAUUUUUUAAAAUUUCCUGGGGGCUGCCACAUCCAAAAGAAAAGGAAAAAAAGACAGGGCCACAAAAAGGCACAGGCGUGCUCCCCCUCCUCCCCAUCAGUGGAAAAAAGUCGUGUACACCAACCAUCACUAUGCUCAGUGUGGCUUUUUAAGGGAUUAAAGACAAAGACCUUUCACAGACACCACGGGAGAGGCACCCAUGAGUCGGCAACCAUUUAUGUAGCCACUUAAGCCUCUCUAUUAAAGAAGGUGGCAGAACUAUCAACAUUAACAAAAUGUCAUCAGCAUACAGAAAUUAAUUCUGUCUUGCUAAAUAAAUAUUAUGGUGUUUUUUUUUAAAGUUGUAUCCUAGUCAGAAGCUUUCAGUACCGUUAAUAAGUAUCCUGGUCUUAAGGUGCAUUUUCGUAUUUCCUCACACUAGGUUCCAGUCUGAAAGAGAGAGUGGAGAUCGAAACUUUGCAAUAGGUUACUAUCUGAAAGAGAAAAAGGUAUGUUGGAGGGUUACAUAGCCACCAGUUUCUUCACUUUUCAGGCCAUGUACUAAGCAAACUACCACAGAACAGCCUUUCACAUACAGUCAAACCUCGGUUGUCAAAUGUAAUCUGUUCCGGAAGACAGUUCGACUUUCAAAAUGUUCGACAACCGAGGAUCAAAGCGCAGUCGGCAAAGUCAAUGGAGGAAAAAAGGGGGGAAAAAAACUCACCGGAAGCCAUUCAGCUUCCAAAAAUUGUUCAAAAACAGGAGCAGUUACUUCCAGGUUUUUGGCGUUCGGGAGCCGAAACAUUCCAAAACGGAGGCGUUUGGGAGCCAAGGUGUGACUAUAUGCAUAAUAAGUAUAGGAUAUAAUGUUGAUUCACCAAAGGGUGCAUGCAAGGUAAAGCAGCAGUUUCUGCUGUUUGGAAACUUAUUUGUAUGCCACUUUUCCACAAGAUGGUGUCCAAAGUGGCUCUUGCAUAUCUGAUAAGCAGCAAUAAAUAUAAGUCACUUGCACUUCCACAUUCUUGUCAGAUGUACCUAUUCCUCUACAAAUAUGAAGUCACAAACAGCCUGUUCUGUCAGCAGAAACUACCUCUAAUUGGAUUUUGGCUAUGAUGUCAUGAUACCACCUCCAUAUCUGUGAAACCUCAUGGCCUAGCUUGUGUACUAAAAUCCUCUGCUAUUUUUCCUAGUGUUUUCCAGAAGGCACAGAUAUGGUUGGCAUAUUGGACUUCUACUUCCAGGUAAUUAUCUGAACUUGAUGUCUAUAAUCCUGAAAGGGAAAUGUAAAAAGCUACAGAAAUAAUCGGGCAAGUGUAACAUUGACAAAAAUCUCAAAACUGGGGUCAGCAGUUAACAGUUAACUAUACUGCAAUACUUAACUAACUUACUUUUGCAUAUUUCAUAAAGGCAAUAAAAAUGCUGUACCCCAAUAUCAGAUGCUAUAAAACUAUCUUUAAAUUGUUAUUGUAGUCUAUGGAAGUUAGAGUAAGUUAUCUUAGCUCUGGAUUCUUAUUACAGUGGUACCUCAGGUUACAAACAGCCUAGCCAACGAACUUUUUGGAUUACGAACACUUCAAAACCAGAAAUGAGUGUUCUGGUUUGUGUAUUAUUUUUUAGAUUGCGGAUGUACUCCGUGUGUGCACUUUCGUUUUGUUGGCACGGCCUUCCCUUGCUUAGCGUGGCAGCGGCAGCAGCAGAGAGACCCAGUGCUUUCUCUCCACAAUGCAUGCCAGGCCCACGCUCCCUCGCCCCAGUCCCUCGGCACGCUCUGCUCUCCCAGCCUCGAGAGGUGCGCCUCCUCCCGUCUGGCGCAAAGCACCAGCUCAAGAGCAAGCGAGCGCGGAGCUCAGCCCGGUGGUGGUGGCAAAUGAGGGAGCCGCCUGCAGCCCAGAGCAGUGUGCCACAAGCCCCGUGCUUUGCCUACUGCUUCCUCCGGAUCAUCCUGGUUGCCAUAGCCCCAUUCCUUCCGGUUCCAUCCUGCCUCCUUCCCAGAGCGGGCGGGCUCAGCAACGCAAGCGGGCAGCUGGAGCCAGGGAGCCCAAAGAGCCGUGCACCUGCCAUUCCGUUUCCCUCAGUCGGCGCUUUGGCGCUUCCGCAGCAGAGGGACCCAGAAGAGGAGAAGGGGGUUGCUGCAGCAUCAUCCCGUGGAAGCGCCGACUGCAGACAAAUUGAAUGGAAGGUGUGCAGCUCUUUGGCUUUCCUCCCUAAUCUGCUGACAGCUCAUUCCAGAUGCUGCAGUCUAUAGCUGGGUCUAGAUUUUGUAAGGCAGUCUUUUAAUCUGUUUACUUACGCAGUAUACCACUUGUGUGUCAUAGUUUGUAACUGUUCCUACCCUCACUCCCCACCUUUCUUAAGCUGUGUUCCAUAGAAGUGACUUGCGAAUCGGCCAGUGUAAUGGCAGCAACGUUGGCUAAUGGAGGGUUUUGCCCAAUCACUGGUGAGAGGGUACUGAGCCCAGAAGCCGUUCGGAACACUCUAAGUUUAAUGCACUCCUGUGGCAUGUAUGACUUCUCAGGACAGUUUGCCUUCCACGUAAGUAGCAUUUUCAAACUAGCAUUUAGUAGCCGCGCCAAUAGGAAACAUUUAGGCUAAGCUGUAUCGUUCACUCUCUAAAGUAGCAAUUUUAAGCUUUUACUUAAUGUUAUUUUAUCUAAAAUGUUUAUAUGCUGCCUUCCAUCAAAACUGAUUCAGCUCAUGACAAUAUAAAGUGACAAGACGCAAAGUUGAAAAUACAACUCAAUAAAACGGUAAAAGCUGUAGUUCAAAUAGCAAGUAAAUAAAUAAAUAACCUAGCAGAACGUUAUUUAAAUAAAUAAAAUAAGUAGGUGAGACCAAAAAGUUUAGCGAAGUUGACACCAAGCAAACAGCCAUGGGGAGGUCAUUACAUACCUGGCUGACAGCUGCUUCCUUUCUGAUGGCAGGCACACUCUGACAAGGACGUUGGAAUUAGAGUAUGGGGACACUGAUAAUGAAUCUCAAACUGUUUAGGACUGUGCCUGUUUGUUUCAGGGUCCAAUUCUAUCAUGAAAUUCUUUUAAAAGCAGGUGUGAUCGUGGUCUUAAUGAACUGUUCUAGUUGAUGUUCUGAAUUGAAGCUUCCAGUCAGUCUUUGGAGACUGUUUCACAUGUAACAACAACAUGUAGCUCAACCAGGAGGUUAUGGCAGCCUAGGUCACCAUAGUAAUACUGUCCCUAUCCAGCAGUAGUCACAGCUGCAGCUAGUCAAAGGCGCUGCGUCUUUUGGAGGCCCAGGUUGUGUCUGUGAUAAUGGCAAACUCCGAGCUUACCUGUAUGAGUGCACCAACUAAAUAAUACCUGGGACAUGAGUUGACACCAAUAAGUCGAUCCUGAAAAGCUGUCUUUGGGACUACUUCAGUUAUGGAUGGCCACCGAAUGUUUAAGUUCUGAUAUCUUUUAAGCCCUUAAAUUUUAAAUAUAUUUUAAAUCCUUAAAUGUAAGCCUUCCCGUUGUUCCCUUUAAUCUAGGUUGGUCUUCCUGCAAAAUCAGGGGUUGCUGGUGGCAUUCUGCUGGUUGUUCCCAAUGUUAUGGGCAUGAUGUGCUGGUCCCCUCCUCUGGACAAGAUGGGCAACAGCGUUAAGGGGAUACACUUUUGUCACGUAAGCAGCAAGCCUUCUCACUUGCAUAUUUUCUUUGGUUUGCAUCAGAAUUUUAGUAGACUUUCCGUUUUCAUGCCCACCUCUAAUUUCGUCAUAAUCUAACAGAUGGGCAGGCAAAGCUGUACUUGCUCUGCAGAAUUGGUUUUUGCAAGUGCUUGGAAAAUGUCAUCUGGAAAAACCUUUUUCAGAUUCCAGCAUGAACGAUGAUUCAUGUUAGGGCUGAGCCAGAUACUAAGGCAUGUACAUUAUUUCAAUGUGAAAGAAGAUAUUCAGGGCUCCCUGAUGUUUGCAAGAGCCACACCCGUCUCAUUUGGCUUAUUACUGUUUGUUCCUUGCCCCAUUUGGCUGCAAUUUGCAUGGUAUUUUGAGAAAAGAGCCAGCUGUCUUCUGAAUAAUAGAGCUCCAAAAAGCAACUGGUCAGUGUUAUAUCAUGAUGUCACUGAGGCUACCUGUUAAACAAAAAUGAUGCUAAAUCUGCAGCUUUAAGCAGCAGCUGCAAAGAGGGAGUACAUUUUGCAGGUGAAAAAAGUCUUCCAAAAUGCACUUAUCUGUUUCAGUCUAGCAGUUCACGUAUUGUUGGCUGCCAAAAAUGCUGGUUCUUUGCUUUCUAUUCACCUACGAAUCCAUAAGUUUCAACAAUAUUUCAAACCAAUUUUAGAUGAUUAUUAUUAUUGGAAAAUUCAUAUCAACCAGUGAGCUUUUCUAAUGGGCUCCAGUUAGCUAUGUAAUCAGAUAAUAACAGACUAGAUGUGUAAAGCAUCGAAACUUAUAAACUUUGCUGGUUUGCACAUAGACUAAUGUGAUGUUCUGACCAUUGCAGGAACUGGUAUCUUUGUGCAAUUUCCAUAAUUACGAUAAUUUGAGGCACUUUGCGAAGAAGCUUGAUCCUCGCAGGGAAGGUGGUGAUCAGCGGGUAAGUAGGAAAGGUAUUUCAGGUUAUUAGUGUGUAUUGUGUAUUUACUAGGUUUCUCCUUUUCCAAAAUAAGAUCAAUCAAUGACAUGCAUUGCAUCAAUAUGUAAAUUCUAAUGGUUCAAGUUCAGUUUACCUAAUUGCCAUAAGUGGAGCUUAGUGCCAGAUGUUGUGUUUUUGCCAUUUUGCCUACUCUGUUAGUAAUUUGGCACCUGGUAGCACACUAGGUUUUGCUGUUGCUUUUAGCAUGCCUUGGUUUGGUUUAGUAUAUUCAAGCCAGCCUCAAGCAAGGCCGUCAUUUAUAGUAAGAUCUAAAGUCAUCUUGGGCCAAUUAACUAUGGAGCAACGUUGGCAUGCCUUCCAAAGUACAGUGGUACCUUGGUUUUUGAGUGUCUCAGAAGCCGAACAUUUCGAUUUUCAAAGACCAAAAACCCAGAAGUGAAUGCUUCCGUUUUCAAACGCGCCUCGGAAGUCAAACGGCUUCCGAGGCGCGUUACUCAAUUUUCUCAAUUGAAUUUGCCGACCGCCUUUUGCCACCUCAGUUGUCAAACGUUUUGGAAGUCGAAUGGUCUUCCAGAACAGGUUACGUUCGACAACCGGGGUACCACUGUAUAGUCAAGUCUCCGUGUACAUGUUUGCAGUAUAGAUGCGGGAAAACCCCUUUGUUAUUCCUGGUGCUCAGGGUAGCAGUUGUGAACUGCCUUUUGCAGUGUCUGGUGCUCUGUUGGCUGCAUUAAGAAUUGCUAGAAAAAGGAAGGAAGCUUCCCAUUUAGUUUUUCUCCUAACUAUACUGGAUGGCUUGGAGAGACGCUUAUGCAAUCUUCCUCUUCUGGCUAUAGCUCUUAGGUCUCACAGAGUACUUUGGGGGCACAGUUUUGAUAUUUUUUGGGGGGGGGGGAGGGACUACGAUUUUUGGCCAGGUCAAACAGACCCCUGGCUAGGAUCGCCAUGCUAUUGUGGGAAUGACCCUCUGCCCACCUGCAGCUCCAAGGCCAGGGGAGCAGCAGUGUGUGAAGCCUAAUGGGGAGGGGACAGCUGAAUAAGGAAAGUGAACCCCGAAUCCAAGAAUUGGGCCUUCUGAAUAUCCCCAACUUUCCGUAUAGUGAAUGAAGCUGGUUGGAGGAGUGGCUCUUGCCUUCCCUGCCACUCCCUGCAUUACAGAAACCCCCUUAACUGUCUCAAAACUGAAUGCAUAACCAUGUCAAGAGGUAGCGGAAAGUCAGUGCUAACAGCUGGCUUAAUGCUAAUUGCUAAAUAUCAAUAAUGCUAGAAUGUUUCCCCCCCACCAGUAAUCUAACAAAUAAUGUGUGUUGCUUGAACAACUAGCAUUCCUAUGGACCGCUGGACUAUGAGAGCCUUCAGCACGAACUUGCAUUAAAAGAGACUGUGUGGAAAAAAGUGUCACCCGAGGCAAACGAGGACAUCUCCACCACUGUAGUGUAUAGAAUGGAAGGUCGAGGAGAGCAAAACUAAAGAAAUGGGCUCUAGUUUCAGAGAGAGUUGGUUUUCAUCUUUAAACAUGCUCCCGUUUUUCUAGAUCGCACAGUUCCAGAGAAGCUAGUUUUGUUUUCAGUGUUUUGUAAAUAACUGCUCCGAGAUACCAAAGAUUAGUAUCUGGUUUUAUGCAGAUUCCUUUUAAUCGCUUUUUCAGAAAGCAAGCGGAAAUAAAGCACGAAAAUGUGUGUGGCCUAUACUUGCAAUUGUAUCAUGCUUAAGGAAUGAAUUCAAAAGGGAAUUUCAUGGGGUAUUAAAAAAAAAAAAUACAGAAAAUUUGCAGUGCAGCAAAACACAAAGGUAUAUUGGCUACAAAAGAAAAUUGGAACGAUAGAUGUAGAAAAAAUAAUACCCGAAUCAUAUAUUUUUUAUGUGGAUAAAUUUUACUGUUGUCACAAUUUGCUUAGAUUUUAACAGACUGUUAAACAAAUCCUCCGUUAGAUUUUUUUCUCUCUCUGUCUUUUAGUAUCUUAAUCCUAAACAUUUGGAAGCAGGUUCAUUUGCUUUCAGUUCAAGCAAAUAUAUGCAAAGUCAUUCAUUCAACUUGUGCAACAUUGGAAAAGGCUGAAAAUGAAUGGAGGUGAUAGGAUUCUUUGUUUCAGUCGUUAUGUAACAAUAUGUAGAAACCUAGUUUAAACAACUCUUAAAUCUAUUGAAUAUUGAAAUAUACCAAAGUAUAGAAUAGUAUUAAUAAGUUCAAGUUAAUCUUCUAAUAGCAGCAUAUUAGGAAACCAUGCUUGCGUUGUGCCUUUGAUUUCUGAAAAAUGAUAGAACCAAUGGUUGAGAGACACACACUCCAUAUAUAUUAUAAUAUAUAUAUUACUCUAGAUUCUGCCAGAAAUAAAUAACAAUAGGUGCAAUAAGAAAGAAAGCGUUUCACAUUUGAGAGCCCUUUAACACACAGAGGCAUUGCUUUUCUGCCGUUCGCUGAAAGUGGUAUUAAAUGCUUUUCAGAACCUCCAGUUUUAACAUAGCAAGGGGAAGGAACUUUGUGGUAGUCUGCACAUUUUUACAUGCAGAUCCUGGCACCUCCAAGUAGAUCUGGAGCUUUUGUAUGAAACUCCUAGAGAGGUUUGGUUGUAGUGAGGUGGAUGAGCUGGUGGUCUGACUUCAUAUAAGUCAACUUCCUAUGUAAUUAGCAACCCUGUUUCCCCUUGACCAAUAUCUUCUUAGAAUGUCUGCUCACAGGAAAUUUACAUUCAACAAAUGCCCUUUCUAAUGUUAAUUAAAAGCUUCCUGUUCAGAAGCUCAACCUGCUUCAUUGCUUCUGUGAUCCUUGUGGCUGGAAGAGCGGUGAUGAAUUACCCUUUAUUUAGUCAGCUUCUGUUCCUGGCGUGUGUCAAUUUAAGUCUGUGCUGCUUCACUAUAAUGAAAUAAAAGAGGGGAUUAAAAGUAAUAAUGGAAAGCAACACCUCUUUCCUCCCUCCCUCCCUUUUGUGGGGGACAGAAGUGCAGUCAGUGACAUUGCUGCGCUUUCUGUGAAAAGAGAGGGGGGUCAGGGGUCAGCACUUUGUGAGUGCACCAAUUCCAGUACAGGAUUGGUUCUGGCAAUGUAUCUGAAAACACUAACCUCACCACCACCUCUCCCUCCCAGUAAGUACAACAAUGGUCCUGAGAGGAGGUUAGGUAUCCAGCACUACCUCUCCCUUAAAAAGGGGGGGGGGAUUAAAUAAAGGGCAGUUCAUCCCUACGUGCUGACUUGGGGAAGCAAUAAAACGGUCUGAACCUGCAAACAGGAAGCUUUCACGUGAAAGGUACAGUUCCCCUAAGAAGUCCUAAUAGUGAAUUGCUCGUACACAACUGACAGGAUGUUGCUGCAAUUGCAUUUUACAGCAAAACCCCCACAACAAAUCAGGUCUGGGAAAAGCACAGAAGGAUAACACAAAACACUAGAUUGCAAUGAUUUAACAGCGUUGUGCCGAUUCCUUGCAAAAAUUGAAUGAACAAGAGACGUCCACCCCAGAGGAAAGGGUUAGUGUGGAAGCAACCUACAUCUUUGAUCUAGAACCAGCCAUGAAGAAAGUAGACCAUGAUCCACUUGUGUACCACUUAGCGCCUUUGGGCUACUGGGAUUCCUGAAAAGAAUGCUGGAUUAAGUGGAUGUGAGUCUGAUUUUGUACGGUACUUCUCACUGUAAUCACUGGCUAACUUUUUAAUGCACAUUGAUUAUUCCUAAACUGCUAGGAGAUCUGAAGUAUGAAGUCUGUCUUUGUGAGUUUAAAACAUGUUGGUGAAUCACACAAGAGUGAAAUAAUGCCAUCCCUGUCCUAGUUAAGGGACAUUCAAACCUUUGAGUGGGAAUGGAGGGCAAGGGAGCGAAGCGGCAUCUGUAAUUAAGGGAUGGGUGUUUUGUGUAUCUGCCAUCCUCCCAAAUGAAUUAGGAGGCCCCUGCAUUUUUCUGAACAUGAAAUCUUCUCUAAAAGAGGAGAGAGUUGCAAUCUGAAGACCCACCACCAGUUGAUCCCAAGGAAGGAAAAUAUCCAAACAACCCCUCAGACAAACAUGGGUGUCUUUAUUGUAUGGGAGAUGUGGGCGGUGUCUGAUGAACCUGAGCAGCAAUAAAGAGGACCAUGCACUAAGCCAGGGGUGUGCUCUUAAAGCUUUAAAAAGAAGAGGACAGGAGAUGAAAUAAACCAAAACCAAAAAGCAUGCAAAAAUUCUAUGGGGUCUGGGAUGAUAAAUCAGCACAACUGUUGGGAGAGUGGAAUGUGGCACUCAGCGUCUCCUGUAUUGUUGUGAUUGGGAUGACCUGAAUAAUUGUAUUUGGACUGGAAGGUGUUACGGUGCAAGCUUGUCACAGUCCUAUUGGUAGGGUGGCCUAUUGAAGACAAUCUGGUAUCUUCAACUGGUGCAAAAUUCAGCCACUAGAAUGCUUGUAGGGGCUAGGCGGUUCAUUAUACCAAUUUUACAUUGGUUAUCCAUUUCUUUUGAGGCUUAGUUUAAAUGUUAUUUGAAGGACCUCCUAUAUCUUAUAUGAAUCUCCCUGGGUCCUAAGAUUGAUCUCACAGGUCCUGCUUCCUGGCCUACCACUAAGGCUGAUCAAGGUCAGUGAGUAUCAGGGACAAGGCCUUGUCAGUAGCGGCCCCCGUAUUCAAAGAAUUCCCUUUCCUGAGAAUUCUGCUUGGUCCCUUCCCUUGAGGCCUUUAAGCAAACUCUGAUGGUGGUUUUUAUACUGCUGGGCUUCUUGAUUGCCCCCUAUAUUGCUGGCUGCCUAUAAUUUUAUUUUCUGCUGUUUAGUUAUGGGGUUGUUGGUUUUUUUGCAUUCAACUGUUUUAUGUUUACACAUCUGUUAUAAGCUGCCUUGUGAUGGCUUGCCCUAAAACGGAGAGUGGCAAUUAAUAAUAAUAACAAUUUUGUCCUCUUUAAAUUUCUGUGGCACUGCAUGCUUCCUGAGGAGAGAGGAUGAAGCAUGGACUUGUGUUAGCCUGUGUAUCCUCCACUCCUGUGCAUAUUUUUCUCCCCGUGUUUCCUUGGGGAUAUUGGCCUCACACUUUCAGAAAGUUGAGCCUACACAAGGUUUAGCCUGGAGGAUGGCUCAUGGGAGACCAUUAAAACAUUAAUUUAUGUGCUAUGAAAAGUGAUGCUCAGAGAAUGGGUUUCAGCUUCUUUGAAGUACACUUUGUGAUGGACGUAACACUUCCCUGACCCAUCAGUGCUGUUACGACUUGUCUGGGCUGUUGGUUUCAGUUAAUUACAAAAUAUUUGCUGGUCUUUGGCGUCCUUUUGGUGUCCUUCGCAUGCCCCUAUAAUUGGUUCAAUGCGUUUAAGUUGAAAGCAAUUCAAACUCUUUCCUUUGCUAACUUAUGGUUGUACUCCACAAAGUUGCCCUGUCCGUGCAAUAAUUUCUGCUUGUGCAAUGAAAGUUCCCCUCCCUCUCCUCUCUGCAAUACUCCAGAGUUUGGAGGGGUGGGGGGAAAUGACAUAGGAAGAGAGAAGGGACUUGUGCAAAAGAGAUGACUUCUUUGGAUGCAAUACAUAAUGCCUGGACCAAUAUGAAUGAGCAACCUCAACUGUCCAAAACCUUUCAGACAAGCCUCACUUCUAUGUGCAUGAGCUGAUACAAGCUCAAGCCUCAGGUUUGUGUGUUCUCCUCAACAGCAUUUGAUUUCACUUUCUGUUAAUCCUGGCUUGUCAUAAAGUAUGAAAUGGAGACCUUGAUUUAAUUUUUUUUAACUCUGGCUGGCUAAACCAGCUGCUUUGCUUUGACCAGCGUUCAUUAUUUGAAAUUUAUUUCUGAUUUGUAUGUAACGACAAGCCCAGCGUUCACAGAAAGUGAAACAAAACCAGCCAUGUGAGCAUCUCUGCAAAAGAAAAUGUAAUAUGCAUGAACAUUCUGGCGAAUGUAGGUUUUGCAUUCAAGUUCAACACCAUCUGAAACACCUCGUGUAUGAAAAUGCUCUAUAUGACCUUCAGAAAAAGGAUGUGAACUCAGCUUAUUAGUGGGUCUGGUUGAACAGAGCAGUGGCUACAUUCCAGUGGGGAAUUUGUCAGAUGAGCAAGACCAUUAAUAUGUUAUUAAAAGCUGAUAGAAUAUUAGCAUGCUUUUGUCUAAAUAUUCUUAAUAAAGCAUAAUGUACAUUUGUGUUCACGGCAAUAACAGUUCUUGAUAUUCAAGCAUUUUACUUGUCGUAUUUCUUUUCCCUUUUCCUUUUUUGUUGGCAUCAUUAAUGCUCCUUUGGAAAUGUAAAUGCAUUUAGAUUUUGCUUUGGCAUGUGUUGUAUGCUUUUGCUUCAGUUGAAGUGAUAUGUCAUGUGUCCCAUUUUUUUCAUUUGCACUGUAUGCUAUUUAUGUAUCUCCCGCACAUACACUUUUGUAUUAUAAUAAAUUUUAUUUUGAGCUGCUCAGUUUGUAUUUUUUUGUUCCUUUUCAAUAGCAACUAGAUCCAUGAUUUGAAACUAGGAAUAAAAAACACUUUCUAUAAUCUCCUGUAUUUAAAUCAAAAUAGCAUUCUGUAUAAAUUUGAAGUAUUGAGAGUUCAGUAUAAGCUCUAGCCAGCUUUUAGUUCCAUUUUAAAGUUGUAAUUUUAACUUUUUUGCAUAACAGCUCUUGUUUGUUGUCUAGUCCUGCAAUUUUUGUUAGAACAACAUUAUAUUUUUUGUUUUGUGAACAUGUUGGCUUGAAUCCAACAUUUUAUGUUUUGUGAACAUUUUAUGUUUUGUGAACAUGUUGGCUUGAAUCCAAACGGCGGCAUGCCGUAUUUGCUGCCACCACCCACAUUUCUGAUGUAGAACAUUGUUCUAACUGAAGAAGCACUCCUGAGUGUUUGAAAAAUCUUUGGUUUGGGGUGGUGGUGGGUGAAAGGCUAGUUAGGACCAGUUGGCAAAAAUAGGUGAUUCUCACCCCUCCCUGCAAAUUAUCAGAAAUGCCAUACAUUCAUGCACUGGGCACUUUGGAUUAUAUAACGUAUAUAAUGAUGCUUACUGACUAGGUCAUACAGUUUUGAGCUUAAACAAGAGUCUAAUUAGUCUAAUACCUUAUGUUAUAUCCUUUACAAGCUGUAUGCUUGUGUAGGCAAGAACUGAUCACACAGAUGAACUCCCAACAGCCAAAAAAAUUGCCUUUUUGGCAGGUAGGGUUGCUGUGCAAAAUCAUUUUCAAGAAGCUUUUCUGCCUUUGUGCAUGCACAUGCGUGCACAUAAUUAUGUGGACUGUGACUGUAGACGCCAAUUGAGAAUUUAAAAAAAAAAAUUAGUUCACUGAAAUCAUUGGCCACAGUUAGACACAGCUAACUGCAUUCAAAAAUGACUGGUUUCUCACGGGUUUAAUCUUGUGCACCUUGCUGCAUCUUUAUAGAUUUGGUUAUUGUGACUAACUACUACUAAUGCAAAAUGUAUAGAAUGGAAUGGAAGCCAAAGAGAAAAGGGAAAUGGCAGGGAAAUACAAGGAAGGCAAAAAAACAUGCACACUUCUUGGAAAUACUGUUGUUUGUGCUUUCCCCCCAGGUCUUGAUAAUACAGUGGUACCUCUGGUUACAAACACUUCUGGUAACCUAGAAGUAGCUGCUCCUGGUUGCAAACUUUGCCCUCAGAAUAAGAACUGUUUCAGCUUAAGAAUGGACCUCAGGAAUGAAUUAAGUUCGUAACCAGAGGUACCACUGUACAUGCCAUUGAGAUUCCAAUUCUAUACCCACUUACUAGGGAAUAAGCCCCGCUGAAGUCUGUAGGACAUAUUGCUGAGUAAACAUGUAUAGUUGUGCCUUGGAAGUCGAACAGAAUCUGUUCCAGAAGUCCAUUCGACUUCCAAAACUUUUGAAAACCGAAUGCAGCUUCUGAUUGGCUGCAUGAAGCUCCUGCAGCCAAACAGGAGCCGCAGAAACAUUGUCGGACAUUCAGGUUCCAAAAGAAAGUUCGCAAACCGGAACACUCACUUCCGGGUUUGCGGCGUUUGGGAGCCAAAACGUACGAAUUCCAGGGUGUUCAACAACCAAGGUACGACUGUAUAGGAUUGUGCUAUAACAUAUGACACGCAGUGUGUGCUUGGUCAUGUUUAUUUUAAUUAUUUUACUGAGCAACAUUAAAACCUCUGUGUGCGGUUUUAAUAACGAGCAGUUUAUCUGAAAUAAAAAUCUAAAGUCUCUUCCCAGUAAGCAUCAGAUUAUCAUAUACAAAAAAGUAGAAUUCAAAAUUUGUGUCCCAUCUAUAGGGGAUCCAAAAUCAGUAGAGGGGAAACGCAGUUUGCUAGGUGAGUCGUAUUCUCUGCAGUGAGGAAUUCACUGUACCAUUAUUUGAAGUAUUUGUAGAUUUGGUGGUUGAAAAUGUCCUGCGAAACUUGUUAGGUAAACAAAACUCAACUUGUCACUGUUUGGGUGCUAGUAGAUCUGUAUAAAGAACCAGGAUAUAAGAACCAAGUGGAUUGAUCUCUGUGGUUGGGGUGAUCCCAAAUCCACAGGCUUCCCUCUUCCUUUAAAUGAUGGGAACAGCUUUGUCAUGCAGAUCCCCUCUGCCCCCGGAUCUGGUCCACAAGCUGUGUAUACUUCAAGUAAUAAAGACGCUUGUCAGGUGUUCCUGUCUAGUCCUCCUUUCAUGCUAGCUUCCUUAGGAGGAUGCCGAAAGCUCACUAUCCUUAUUUAAGGUUAAUUAUUAUCAAAGUCAUAUGUAAGGUACAAGCAGGAGAAACUAAAGUCCAAACAGCAUUAAAUCAUCUCAAAUCCUAGUACUCCAGCUUAACUCGAACGUAGAUUUACGGCAUACUAAGCUAGGUAAUCCUCGGCUUGUCAUGCAACAUCUAUUUUUAUUUCUGGUCUCUAUAUCUGCACCUGAGAAUAGAGGUUGCUUCCCAAUAUUCCUGCCCCAUUUUUGAGCAAUAUUGCCACAUUUGCUCGGUAUUUUACAAGUUUGUUGUGGCUGUUAGUGCUGCGAAGCCAACUUUGUGCCUUGCAGAAAAGAAGAAAGGGACCCCAAGGGUCAUCCAGUCCAACCCCUUGCAAUGCAGGAAUAUCUUGCCCAACAUGGGGCUUGAACCCACAACCCUGAGAUUAAGAGCCUCAUGCUCUACCGACUGAGCUAACAGAUACUCAGCAUAGUACUUCACUGGAUCAUCUUCACACUAAAUUCAUUUUUAUCCCUGGAGUGUAUUAUUUCAAGUCUGAUUUAAUCCUUGUACCUGACAAUUGUGGUUAGUGAGCAUUAUUUUUGAGUCGAUAUGCGGUACUCAUGUUUCAGCUGAUUCUCUGAAGUUAGCGGAUGCAAGGUUUAUUAAUUUUUUCCAUCCCUGAAACAUCCAGCUGCAGACCAAUAUUGCACAAACAGUUAUUCUAGAUGUCUUAGCACAGAUACCUAUGUGGACUGGGCAACUGGUUAAAAACUGAGUACUUUGGAAGGCUUUCGUUUCAUAAAGGUAAAGGGACCCCUGACAGUUAAGUCCAGUCGCGGACGACUCUGGGGUUGCGGAGCUCAUCUCGCCGAGAUGAGCCGAGGGAGCUGGCAUUUGUCCGCUCUGCAGACAGUUUUUUCAGAUCAUGUGGCCAGCAUGACUAAACCGCUUCUGGUGAACCAGAGCAGCGCACGGAAAUGCCAUUUACCUUCCCGCUGGAGUGGUACCUAUUUAUCUACUUGCACUUUGACGUGCUUUCGAACUGCUAGGUUGGCAGGAGCCAACAGGAGCUCACCCCGUCGCGGGGAUUUGAACCGCUGACCUUUUGAUUGGCAAGCCCAAGGGGCUCAGUGGUUUAGACCACAGCACCACCCGUGUCCCAUUUUCCAUUUCAUAUUUGUCAACAAAACCCAGAUUACAAAAACCACACUAGUGUGAAGAAACAAACAUGGUAGUACAGAAUCAUUAUACUUCAAUAGUGAAUUAAAACAAAGAUUUGGGCAUUAUUUCCAAGUUAAACAUCAACAUUCAGUUAAAACAUUUCUGCUUUUUGCCACUUUUUAAAGACAGUCAUCCAGUCAUUCAUUUUAUUUCACAGAUUCUUGCAGCAAAAUAAAUUUGAUAUUUCAUAGUUCAGUUAGACCUUUUCACACAAUUCUGUAGCAAUACUACAGGUUACAUUUAAAGUUUGCAAUCACACCUGUUAUAUUUUGUCACUUAGUAAAGUCUGUUUGACAUCCAUGAAUAUAUUUAAGAGUUUUAAUUCAGCUGUCAAGAUGUCCAUAACUUUGAAAACCUGAUGCACAGGUCUCGAACAACGUAAGUCUGGUGUGGUACGGUUUUCUCCAGUUAUAAAUCUGUGUUCCUUCCCAUGCUAACAGGUAAGAUGCCUGUCCUUGUAACUUUAAUUAUACUAUUGGUUAAAGGAUUGAAUAAAACAGUCAAGCAGGCUAUAUACAGUUUGGAUGAAAGUCCAGCCAAUCUUAGAGAUUUACCACUUUAAAUUUCAAAAUAGCUAAAUUGAUUUCAUCUUUUAUAACUGGUGGCUUCAAAAGUUAUUAUUGUGCAUUGAGAACAACUAGGGGUUUUCAACUGAUCCCCAAAUGCUGAAAUCUGGUUCUAAACAAUAUUUCUUAAAAUAUUAUACAAAAGCAAAAAACAAAACAAAAGUUGCCUUUUCUACUGGGCUCUCACCUUGGUUUUGAACAGGUUUUCAAAUACUGUUUCUUAGUGGUGUGUUGUGGGUUUUUGGUCUUGUUUUUUUAACUCGUCGGAAAGUUGCUGAUCUGCAUGGUUUAUUCUUUUUGCUUCGGAAAAGUUUGAAAAAUUCCAUCUGAUAACACUUUUAAAAACAUUUAAUUAUCGGCUUUGGUGAUGGUGAACUUCCCUUUGCUUGUGUUAGAUUUGACUAGGAAAUUCUGAGCUUUUCAACAAGUGUAUUUUUGGGGGGAGAAACACCCCCUGGCUCAUAAUGUUUGCAUAGGUGUGCUAAAAGCGUCACACGCAAGGGCAUUUGUUGCAUUGUCCCCAGGAAUGGCAGUUCCCAACACUAGACAAAGAUCCUUUUGAAAGUUCAGCUGCCACCCUGGAAACACUGUCCAGAUUUACCUGGGAUCAGAAGAAGAUCUUAGAUAUGAAUAGGAGGCAGCAAUUGUGUAAAACGUUUGCAAGUAAAAUUGAGUAAAUAGACCCACAUACCAAACAUAGGCACCAGACAAAAAACUGCUUCAGAGAUCACAUGGUUCAUAGCAAUCCAGUAAGAGUUUCUUGUGUUUAACAGUACAGGAAUUUUGCACGUUAUACGCCUUCCUUAGUCAUCAAGCAUGCUCCAUGUCGACUGCAUGUGCAGAAUCUUAACAGAAUCACAUGUUAAAUCCAAAACCAGAGAACGUAGGGAUGGCAUGAUUUAUUAUUUACCCCGUUUGGAAGACAAGUUCGUUCUAGUUUGUAAUGGUGAACUUCAGAGACUGCUCUUCCCAUUUAACUCUUUGAGAUCUUAUUUGAGAUAAUAUUGUCACAUGUUUAACAUGACCACACUAUUGAACUUCCACCUGUCGGUGUAGUUAGUUCAUUGUUAAAAAUUUCUCUGAAAUAAUAGUCUUAACAUUGAUUUUUUUAAAAACUUAUUUAACUGCAUGCAACUUUCUUGUGUACUUAGUUUCUCAUUAGUUUCUUGAGAGGUAUAGAAAAAUUUACCUGAUGUUAAAUAUAUGUACACUUGAUGUUGCAAAAUAGUAUAUUCUUUAAUGUGGCAGUAAGAAAAUAAUAAUAUCUAGCUGUUUGUUGGAUUAAAAUACUGCCAAAUAUUAAGCGUUUGAAAUUUUCCUAAUCUUAUGUAAAAGGAGGUGGUAAACUUUAGUAACUAAAAAGGCCCUCUUUAUUUUUUCUGAUUGCUUUCAGGAAAAUCUGCCCAAGUUUUCCACAUUUUAAAGAAAUCUUUUGGAGUGAUGUUGGGCCCAUAUACACAUCCAGGUGUCAUUUUUCUAUAAUAAUAAAAUUUCUAGAUGAUAUAUCUCCCAUUACCAUCUUUCUUAUAUCCUUCUGCUUUUAAAAAAAGAUAACUUUUGUUUUCUCUGUGUAGAUGUGACACAAACUUUUCCAAGUUUCGUUCCCCACAGUUCUUAAUUUCUUUUUAAGAUGUGUUUGUUACCUGCAAGAGAAGAACACGCUUUCUCCUCUUUUAAUAAAUGAGAGCAUUUAUUUUUUUUUACUUUUCCCUGGAUUUAAUCCUUUGAUACUUGAUGAAAAGCAUUUUAAAUGCCAUCAUGCUUGGAUUUCAAUAUUAAUUAGACAUUUAUUCUUUCUUUCCAAUACAGUGAGAAGAAAGAGAAGAACAAAGGAGAACACACAAAAUACAAAUGUUAUUCCCUUGGUUUUUUUAGGUAGUGCAUGUAAUGGUGAAUCCUUCUAAAUUUGCAAUAAUUCUUGGACAUUCUCUGUUGCUUGCACUACGGUCAACUUUUUUGGCCCAGUUUGGAUGUGGUUACUAAACCGUGGCUUGGCUGAGCCUUAGGCUUCCUUCUCUGCUCUCACGGACUGUAUCACACGAAAUCAUCCUCUUGAGUAGACCCAUUUAAACGAAUGGACAUUACUAACUUAAGUCCAUUGAUUUAAUGGGUUACACUACUGUCUAAUCCGCAUCUGGGGAAACCAUGGUUUGCCAUUACAUCCAAACCGAGUAAGGUACAGUUUGGGGAAACUAUUGUCUACCCGAAACCAGAGGUGGAAGGCAGAAUUUGAAAUGAAAUUCUAGUUUUGGUUUGGAGGUAAUACAUGGUUUGCACAAACUAUAGUUUGCCUGACCUGGAAACAAUGGCAAACCUAAACCAUUCAUUGUGGGAAUAAAUUCAGUGUUCCUAUGGGGAGAAGGGAAUGUGUGAGCCCAACGUUCAGCCCUGAUGCCCAAACCAUGGCUUGUGUCUUUACAUCCAAACUCAAUUCAUGCAUUUUCCUUUCCUUCAAACGUACACUUAAAUCUUGAGGUCUCUUCUUACUUCUUCUGAAUGGAUUUUGUUAAAGGCUUUGACCUCUAAACCCAAAUGUCAGUGAUACUUCCCAUUUAUUUGCUAGCAGUGUCUACUUUUAUCCUUAACAUUGUUAACUUCACAAGAAACUAUCUUUUUUCUCCUUUAUGCCACUGGCGGGAAUUGGGUUCUCUUCUCCUGUAUUCAGGCUACAGACAUUCCUGAUCUUCCUCUGUGUCUUCUGAAAGCUCUCUUACUUUAAUACUUCGAAGUUCACUUCCUUGAUCUCUGCCUGUAGUCGAAUCGUAUCAACUCUCUGCAUGUGUUGCUCCAUUUAGAUUUACUGAACCAAAUACUUUGGGUGUGUGCUUCCUUUCCACUUACCUCUUCCAGUCCAUUGAGUUUCGCCUCUUGUAAUCUGAUGUGUCAAUUUUAUAGUCCUCCGCUGUAGAACAGGAUUCUUAAAUGCACUUCAUAGGUAUGAGAUCAGUAACUUUCAUUUUAAAAGAGGGCGAUUUGAAAUCCUGAAUGCAAUUUAAGUAGAAGGCGUUUGAGGUAAGAAGCCUGCCUGCUAUGCUUAUGACUUCUAGUCAGUUUCCCCUUGACCAGCAGAUUUACCUGCUGAGGAAUGUGUGAUUUCCUUAAAAGCAAAAUCCCAAACCCAACAUAACGUUGUUUAGAAAUGUAUUAAGGGCUGAUAGGACACUUGUAGAUUUUGUGGUCUCCUCCUUUUUAAAGGUUCAUUACAUCCUGUGGCUUUCCCCAUGUGUUCCCACUGUUUCCCAUAUUAAAUUUUCAUUCAUCUCAGAUGAUAGAAAUCUUACAGGGGUGCCUUGGUUCUCAAACUUAAUCCGUUCCGGAAGUCCGUUCCAAAACCAAAGCGUUCCAAAACCAAGGCACGCUUUCCCAUAGAAAGUCAUGCAAAACGGAUUAAUCCGUUCCAAACUUUUAAAAACAACCCCUAAAACAGCAAUUUAACAUGAAUUUUACUAUCUCACGAGACCAUUGAUCCAUAAAAUGAAAGCAAUCAUCAAUGUACUGUUCUAUAAAAUAAAUAAGACAGUAUUGUAGAUGAUAAAAAUUAAAAUUAUUAUUAUUUUCUUACCUGCACUGAUGAUCGUCCUUGUUUGGAUGGGGGGCUUUUAUCCAUUUCCGCAGUCACACAAUCAUUAGCUGAACUGGGUUCCAUACAGUCACAAAAACAAAUUAACUGAAAAAGCCUCAAAAACGAAAACGCAAAAUAAAUAGCAAAAACAAAAGCGCCAGACUUAAUCCAUUCUGGAAUGUUUGAAAACCAAGGCGCAGCUUCUGAUUGGUGCAGGUGCCCUGGAAACAAUAGCCGACAGCCACAUCAGACGUUCGACUUCCGAAAAACGUUCGAAAACCGGAACACUUCUGGAUUGUUGGCGUUUGGGAACCAAGGCAUUUGAGAACCAAGGUACCGCUGUAUAGCCAACAUACCUGCUCGCGUAUCUGGAAGGGAGGGUACGCUCAGUCCAGUAAAGGCAGGUUUUAAAAACCCAUUGAAGGCCAGUUUUAAAAACCCUGGCUUGAAUUGUUGAUUUGAAAGUCCUAUUUUCAAAGUCUCCAGAGUAGGUGCUUUGAUUGAGGUGCUCUGCUCCAAAUCUUUUAGUGGCAGGAGCGCAUCUUAAAACUGCCAGUAGUUAAAUAUAAUACUAUAUAUAAUAACAAUGCAGGACAAGUGCAGAUCCUUUUGAAUUGCGACUUAGAAAGCGCAGCUCAUCAUCAUUAGCGUUACCAAUAAAUUUUGAAAUACAAACAGGUAUGCCCAUUCCUUUCGUAGCAUGGGCUACAUCAGUGCACCAGUUGCUCCAAUGGCAAACAUAUUAGUUAAAAACGAAGGGAUUAUUCCGGCUGAAGCUCUUUCACUUUGAACGUUGCAACUGCCUUCCCGUGGAGCCAGCUAUUUCGUGCCAUGCGGUGAUUCAAAAUAUGUUUGUCCCCACUGUGUAAACGGGAUGCAAAUCGCUGAGUUUGCACUGAAGCUCCCCGCCACCAAUUAUUAAAAUAAUUAGCAAAUGCAAGUGGGAACUAUGAUGCUUCGCAUGUGAGUACUUUCAUUGGACUGAGGCAUGUUGAGACUUCUUUUUGCUUGAUGACAGCGUUGAAAAUCACUUGCAAUAACAAGUAGGAAGAGUGUUGUUUGCCCUGUUUCUCUUUUUAGGCUUGGCCACUGUGUGAACGAAAUACUGGACUUAGAUGGGCCUUUUGCCUGAUUUAUCAUUAUUAUUGUCAGUGCUUUUUUCCAGGGGGUACUCAAAGGUACACAGUACCAGCACAUCUUUUGUUGCUGUUAAAAAGUGUGACACUUACUGGAACAGCCUCACAGUGAGUUUUGGCACCUCUUUUUUGUGGGGGGGAAACCCAGAUGAUGAUGAUGAUUAUUUAAAUCUGUACACCGCCCUACAUCUGCAGGUCUCAGGGCAGUCCGCAACAUAAAAUUACAACUCUACACGGCACAUAAUAAAAACAAGAACAAGAGCAACCCACAUUUUAAAAGGGCAUUUGAUAUCAUCUAACAGGGCUCUUCUGAUCUUACAAGAACAACCAAACACGGUCAGACUUAACCCCUCCAAUUUCCUGUGGCUUGUUCUGUGGAAGUAUAUGAAACAAUUUUAAAACCUCGUUCUCUUCUGUGUGCUAUGUAUGAUAGUGCACUUAAUACUGGGCAUAACAGAAAAUUUUGCUGUUUCCAUUUUUUUAAGGAAGUCCACAUCUUGAUGUAAAAACUGGAAUGUAGUUAUCCUUCAGAUUCUGCCCUUCUCUGAAUUUUACAAUACAGUUUUCAACUCAAAACAUGUUCCAAAAUGGGUGCUUAAAAAAAAAAAAUAAUGCUACUCCUUAUAAUUUAGGAUAAAAUAUGUCUAGAAAUGCCUGCACUGAGAUAAUAUGAGUGGUGUUCAACUAACUUUGGGCACACACAAAAGCGGGGUCCGCUAAGCGCAACAAGACUUGCGCCCCUCUCUCUCCUCCACUCAGAUGUGCCCUGCAGGCCCCCUAAAUCUACUCUGGGGGUUUUGGGGGGGAACCCAGAGCAGGUUUGGGGGAGCAGGGGGAGGAGAGGAGAGAACGUCUCGCCAACCAAGCAGAAAUCGUUCUACACACUUGUAACCUUUAGCACUACGUAGACUGUGACCCAUAGCAUUUAAAUACAUAUUUUGUGAUUGAAAUAUACAUGAAAAACAUUUUUAUGGAGAUUAAUGUUAAGUCUGCAUUUUCAGUAGGCAUAGUAGGAAACAUUCUUAGUUUGUAGGGAUAUAUAUAUAUAUAUAUAUAUAUAUAUAUAUAUAUAUAUAUAUAUAUAUAUAUAUAUAUAAUCUCACCUCUUUAUCUAACCCAGGGUUUCCCAAACUCAGGUUACCAGCUUUUCAUUUUGUUUUCUUUUUUUGGACUACAACUCCCAUCAUCCCUAGCUAGCAGGACCAGUGGUCAGGAUUGAUGGGAACUGUAGUCCAAAAACAGCAGCAGCAAACCCAAGUUUGGGAAACCCCAGAUUCUAACCUCUCUUUAUCAUCUAUCCUGCUCAUCAUAUGCUUCUCUGUCAUUUUCCGCAGGGUUUCACAAACCUCGGUGCACAAUUUUACAAACCACUCUCAUGUCCCCAGUGAGUUAUUCUAUUUUUUGUUCCUGGCUGAGAAAGCCUAAAAUACUUGAGACUUCCAACCCCUUAAAUAUUUUGAUUCCCUCCUUCACCCCAAAACUGUUCAAACAUCUCCCUGUUUGCGAGUGUGUUCUUUAAAGGGAGUGGCCCUCUGAGGUAUGUGGUCCUCAGUCUUUGUGUGGUUUUAAAUGUCAGAAUCUGAGUGCUUUGAAUUGGCUCCUGAAGCUAACAGGAAAGCUAUUCCCCUGAGUAGGUGGACUGUGGUAAUCUGAAAGGGCAGACAGAGUGCAUUGCUGCAGUCAAUCUGCGGGUUACAAGGGCAUGGAUGAUCUUUCGCAAGAUCUUUGCGGGUCAGGAGGGAAUGCAGCCAGUAUUUUGUAUACAUCUGAUAUCCAAAGGUGUGUGUUGUCAGUAGUACCAUCUGUUUCAGCUAUCAAAGCUGAGCUCAAGAAGCUCUCCUGGCUGUGUGAGAUCUGGUCCAGCCCAUUAAUUGCCAAUUCAUUCUUUUCAGGCAAACUUUUUUCUCCCAGUCUUCCCUUAUCUCCAUCUUUUCAGAAUCAGGCUGUCAACCCCUGCUGACCCUCAUCACCUUGAAUUACAGCAUCCAAACAUUUGUCCAGGACAGUUGCAGUCAUUUCUUAUAGCUUAGUUACCGAGGUGGAUGGCAGUAUAGCCAGGGCUAUUUUUCUAGAAAAAAGAGUUGCCGGAACACGCCACAAAUGCGAGCCAGCGUGGUGUAGUGGUUAAGAGCGGUGGACUCGUAAUCUGGUGAACCAGGUUCACUUCCCCGCUCCUCCACAUGCAGCUGCUGGGUGACCUUGGGCUAGUCACACUUCUCUGAAGUCUCUCAGCCCCACUCACCUCACAGAGUGUUUGUUGUGGGGGAGGAAGGGAAAGGAGAUUGUUAGCCGCUUUGAGACUCCUUCGGGUAGUGAUAAAGAGGGAUAUCAAAUCCAAACUCCUCCUCCUCUUCUUCUUCUUCUUCUUCUUCUUCUUCUUCUUCUUCUUCUUCUUCUUUUUCUUCUUCUUCUUCCCUUCUUCCCAUAUGAUGGCAAUGGCACCCUUCUUGAGUUUCAGCAAGCCCUGAGUUUAUCAGUGACAGUAGUCCAAAGCUACAUAGGAUUUCUCAUCGUGGCUUCAGACAGAUAUUAAAAUGUGAUCUUCUUCUUUGUAGAUCACUCGUAGCUGAGUAAGAUUGUCUUCCAUAAAGACAGUUUUAACAGUGAGUUCGUAAGUGACUGUGGAGGCCAGUUCUGGAUCCACACGUCCUUCCACAGUGGGGACAUAGGUUUCUGGGUGGGAGUCGAUCAUGGUGAGGGUUUGCCAAGCAUGCCUUCCUCUUAGCACAUCUCUCCCUUUCAUCCUGAGUUUGAGCAUCUUCAAAGCCCAGGUAAAGGUAAAGGGACCCCUGACCAUUAGGUCCAGUUGUGACCAACUCUGGGGUUGCGGCGCUCAUCUCGCUUCUGGGUCAUGUGGCCAGCAUGACUAAGCCACUUCUGGUGAACCAGAGCAGCGCACGGAGACACCGUUUACCUUCCCAGCGGAGCGGUACCUAUUUAUCUACUUGCACUUUGACGUGCUUUCGAACUGCUAGGUUGGCAGGAGCUGGGACCGAGCAACGGGAGCUCACCCCAUCACAGGGAUUCAAACCGCUGACCUUCUGAUCGGCAAGUCCUAGGCUCUGUGGCUUAACCCACAGCGCCACCCACAUUCCUUUGGUAAAGGCUGUUCUCCAACUGGAGUGCUCACAGGCCAGUGUUUCCCAGUUGUCGGUGUUUAUACUACAUUUUUUAAAAGAUUUGCCUUGAGAGAGUCUUUGGACCUCUUUUGUUGUCCACCGGCAUUACGCUUUCCAUUUUUAAGUUCGGAAUAGAGUAGUUGCUUUGGAAGAUGAUAGUCAGGCAUCCGCACAACAUGACAAGUCCAAGUUGAUGCCAGUCACAGUGGAACCCCAGAAGUUUGCUUUCAAGGGACCUCUAAGCUGCCCUCUGAGAGAUAGCUUAAGGGAGAAAAAGAAGCCAAACCAUUUUAGGAUUUCUCCAUCAGUCUACUUGCUGGGUCAGUUGGUAUAGUAAAACACCAUUGCCCACAGGAUCAGAAAUCAGUGAAAAGCCCAGAAGUGAAAACCAGUGCAUAUCCAAAUUUACAUGCUUUGACAGUGGGUGAAAUCCGUACGCACAUCCCAUAAAUUCAGAGUGCUUUGGCUCGUGCACAGGGAGGGUGAAACUAACUUGUAACUGUGGCCUUAUGGGAUGUUGCUCUGGGAGGAGACUGUUCAGGGGGGUCCUUGAAAGGGUAGCUUACAGGGUUUCCCGAACCUGGGAUUCCAGCUGUUUUGGGACUAUAACUCCCAUCAUCCCUAGCUAGCAGGACCAGUGGUCAGGGAUGAUGGGAACUGCAGUCCAAAAACAGCAGCAGCAAACCCAAGUUUGGGAAACUGUCCUCUAAUAUGUGAGCAGAGGAGCUGUUCACUCUGGUGAUAGUCUUGGCUUUCUCUGUGUGUUCCCUGUCUGUUGGGGGACACAUUAUUAAAGAGAACGUUUUGUACGUCUCCACGAAGACACCCAGAAAACAAUUGCCACUAUUCCAGUGGCACAUUUGAAUGGCUGCUUUUAUCUCAUGGCCUUUGCCUUUGAAUGCAGGUUCCUGGGAAACACAAAUGGGGAGUUGGGAGUGUUGUUGCACCCAGGUCUGGUUUGUGGGUGUCACAGUGGUUCGCCACUGAGAACAGGAUCCUGCCCAAGGUGGGUCAUUGGCUCCUCUUGCGUUCUUACUUUACUGAACUUAACACCUAGUUUUUUGAAGAUCUCUUUACUGAACUUAACACCUAGUUUUUUGAAGAUCUCGGAAAUCCAAAUUAUUGUUGCGUCCGGCUCUUUUAUCUAAUAAUUCUCAGUCUUUGGAAAUCACAUACUUCUGUAGAUAACAAAUUUCUAUAUUAAGACGAUUUGAGUGAAGGCUGGGAGAGCUUCCCACUCGAUCCGUUAUCUGCUGCUGUUAUUCUUUUCUGGGUUCCUUACACUUGUAUUUUCAGCUCGACUUUUGAAACGGCCGAGAGCAAGCUGGGACUUUGUGGGGGUGCGGGGGGAGGUAUCCGCGCAAAUAUAAAUGCUUAGGUGGGCAUCAUUUCAAGUUAAUUCUGCAUCUGUGGUUCCAAAAUGAAAUCCCUGGAAGCAGCUUUACGAGUUAAUGCUGCCGCCGGCCUCCAAAAAGAAAAGCUGCCCUAACAGCAUUGUGAAGUUAAUGCCAGUGCGUUUGUAGGGAGGCAGAGGGUUGAGGGGGAAAUAUCGAACAACCUACAGACACUACAAUAUUGUGACUGUGCACCACCUAGGGGGCAAACCUGGAGCUGUCUCUCUCCUGAGAAUUGAAAUUGAAAUACUUUAUUGUCACUUGUACAACUUGUAUACAGUGAGUUUACACGAGCACCUCCCACUCAGCUCUCUUAGUCUUAAUUCCCCUCGUUUACUGACGCACACCCACCAAACCCGAAAGUCAGUUGCCCUGUUGUUAUCUUUUCAUUCAGCAGCCUAACAGCCCACGGAUAGAAGCUGUUCUUUACCCUGUUGGUGCGACUAAUCAUGCUUCUAUAUCUUCUGCCUGAGGGCAGGAGAUCAAGAAAGUGCCGGCCAGGGUGUGAAUCAUCCCUGAGAAUUUUCCUCACUCUCCUGAGGCAACGUUCUUCCGCUAUUUCAUCCAGCGGAUUCACGGGACAGCCCAUAAUAUCUUGUGCUGUAUUCACCACCCUCUGUAGGCACUUCCUAUCAGUUGAUGUCAAACCAGCGUACCACACCGUGAUGCAGUAUGAAAGGACACUUUCUAUUGUUGAUUGAUAGAAGGAGAUCAUCAGAUGUUGAUUGACAUCGUUCUUUCACAAUACUCUGAGGAGAUGGAGUCUCUGUUGGGCUUUCUUAACCACCUGGGUUGUAUUUAUUUUCCAAGUAAGAUCUUCACUGAGAUAAACUCCUAGGAAUUUAAAGGAAGAGACUCUCUCCACACAGCCCUCCCCGAUGUACAGCUUGGCUAGUUCUCCUCUCUUCCUCCGAAAGUCCAACACCAUCUCCCGAGUUGUCCAAUUCCUGAGGUAUUGAUGAUAUUCCUCUUUGCUUGCUUGCAGUGACAUGAUUAAAAAUAAUGUGGCAUCCCAAAACUGGGGAGAUUCAUAGUUUUGGUAGGGUAGGGAAGUUUAGACCAUCUUUCUGGGUGCUGUACCAGAAUAGCCAGACUGAGUGCUUUACAGAGAGAGAGAGAGAGAGCGCACAAUUAUUUUUGGCAAAAUUGUACAGUACGAAAAUCAAUACUGUUGCCGGCAGAGUCAAAAGCAGCAUAUAUUGUAGUCUUUCUUUAUUAAUUCUGUGCCAUUGCAUUAUCUUCCGCCAUAUCAACAUUUUUUAAAAAAAAGUUUUUAUUAAGAUUUCCUUGGGUAACAAGUGUACGGCGUCUCUGCUUUCAGUUCACAGAGUCCUUCCUACAAGUCAGUUUCAUUCGAUGUGAGACCCUAAUGUUAUAGGCAAUAUUAGUUUGGGGGAGAAGAGGAGUUGGGGGGGGGGAUAUACUUUUACAUAGUGUUAUGUGUGCAGUUUGUGUGUCAGUGUCACAGGGAAAGUAGGUUCUCUUUCCAUUCAUGUUUUUGUUGAUUGGUUGCCUAAAGUUGACUGCAGUGAGUUUUGUUUGUGUGUAAAGGGGGGGGGGUGCUGUUGGGUCAAAUUAGCCAAAUCUGAGUUGUUGUGUUUUUUCUUGUUGUCUAGUUGGGCUGUGUAUGUAAUAAAGGGGAGCCAUACCAAGGUGAAGGCGUCCUCUUUGCUUUGUCCUCACACCAGUUUCAGUUUUGAGAUGACCCUGAGGCUUCUUGCAGAUACUAGAUUUCUGCAUGCAGGGUUUUUCGUGGAAGUUUUUCACAGUUGCACUAAUAAUGAUGAUGCUGAUGAUAAUAAUUUAUUACUUAUACCCCGCCCAUCUGGCUGGGCCUCCCCAGCCACUCUGGGCGGCUCCCAACAGAAUAUUAAAAACACGAUGAAACAUCAAGCAUUAAAAAAUUCCCUAAAUAGGGCUGCCUUCAGAUGUCUUCUAAAAGUCAGAUAGUUGUUUAUUUCCUUGAUAUCUGGUGGGAGGACGUUCCACAGGGCGGGCACCAUUACCGAGAAGGCCCUCUGCCUGGUUCCCUGUAAUAAUUAUUUUUAUUAUUUAUACCCCGCCUGUCUGGCUAGGUUUUCCCAGCCAGUCUGUGGGGUUUCCGGAAUAAUAUAGAAACAUAAUAAAACAUCGUGUUAAAAACUUCCCUAAACAGGGCUGCCUUCAGAUGUCUUCUAAAAGUCAGAUAGUUGUUUAUUUCCUUGACACUUGAUGGGAGGGCGUUCCACAGGGCGGGUGCCACUACCGAGAAGGCCCUCUGCCUGGUUCCUUGUAGCUUCACUUCUCGUAGUGAGGGAACCGCCAGAAAGCCCUUAGAGCUGGACCUCAGUAUCCAGGCUGAACGAUGAGGUGGAGACCCUCCAGGUAUACUACAAGACUUGAUGCUGUCAGAGGGCAUCUCGUAACGUAGCUUUGAGUUUUUCACUGCCAUGUUCAGCACUGCAGUUUCGUUUUAGCUUUGAAGUCUGGGGAUGGGACUUGAUCAGUUUUCACUUUCCUGGCGCUUGGUUUGGUUUUGAAUGGGGCAAGGGUUGUGUGGUGGCACUGAUUAAUAUGGUUCAGCGAAAUUAAGUGUUGCCCUUUGUUUGAGUUUCCAGAUACCAUUUGUAACCUGUACCUGGCAUGAUGUCAACUGAAGCUAUUUUUUCAGAUUCUUUCAUACACAGGCAUUGCAUUGAUCUCUUACACUUGUUUCGUUGUUGCCUUUUUCCUUUUUAUUUGAUAGGAGGAGAGAGAAAACCUGCAAUCGCAAAUGCAGAGCUCUCCCAGUAAGCUACUGAUUCUGGUUCACCAGAAACACACUCACCUCAGACAGUACAGAAUCUAUUUUUUGCACAUCGGCGCUAAUCCCACUUUGAGCCGGAUUAACGGGGGCACAUCCUGUUAACAAUAGGUGCCGAGGCCCUGCAAGGACAACAGCUGUUGCCUCAUUUUGCUCUUGGGUGCUUGCCCCCUUAAUACAGCUCACUUGGGUGCAAGAUCCUCCGGCUGCCUGUGAACUGGUCAGAAUGCUGGUUUGAUUGUGACACAGCUGAAAUCAAAGAUUACUAUCUUGAACGUCUUUGGAGCUGGGCCAAGGGUAAACACGAAAGACGCCGCCACUUGGCUGCUGCUAAUGCCUUUUCCUUGAACAGCAACAUGCAGAAUUUAAGUCCGUUACAGUGCUCUGCAGAUCCUAAAAGUCUGUUGGAAACAGGCCAGGAAAGCCAUUGAGCAGUGCUGACACCAGGAUUGUUUUAUUAAUGCUAUGCUCUCGCGUGUGUUCUGCUUGCGUCAGUGAGCCAGGGAGGGUGUGCUGUGUGUGUGCACCGUUUGUGCGGUUUCAGAAAGUGAGAUAAAUUGGUCAAUUUUACUGAGCAGUUUUGCAGUUGUUGGGAUGAAUAAAAUAGGUUCAGCACAGUGAUAUUUUUUCUAGAAAGAGAGGUGCCGGAACUCACCAUGAACACCUCCCUCGUUCUCUUAGAAUGGCAAUGGCGCCCACCUCAAAGGUGCCAGAACUCAGUUCUGGCUGGGGGGAAAAAGACCUGGUUUUGUAUAAUCUUACCAAAAUGAUUAGGGACGUGGUUUAAACCACAGAGCCUGGGGCUUGCUGAUCAGAAGGUCGGCGGUUCAAAUCCCUGCGACGAGGUGAACUCCCGUUGCUCGGUCCCAGCUCCUGCCAACCUAGCAGUUCAAAAGCACAUCAAAGUGCAAGUAGAUAAAUAGGUACCUCUCCGGUGGGAAGGUAAACGGCAUUUCCGUGUGCUGCUCUGGUUCACCAGAAGCGGCUUAGUCAUGCUGGCCACAUGACCCAGAAGCUGUACGCCAGUUCCCUCGGCCAAUAAAGCGAGAUGAGCGCCGCAACCCCAGAGUUGGCCACGAUUGGACCUAAUGGUCAGGGGUCCCUUUACCUUUACCAAGAUGAUUGGCAUUUGGUUAACACCUUUGUAAAUGUUAAUACCUUGAAUUUAGCAAGAGAUCUUUUGCCUUAGUGGUAUCUUUGAUUAAUGCUGCUCUCCUGCUUUUUGUCGUCGGGAUGUAAGGAAGAAUUUCUCAACAAAUGUAACAUUUCCGUUCUGCUUUCCUUUAUUCCGCAGAGUAAUCGUGUGGAAAGUUUAAAAGCCUCCAAUAUCUAUAUUUAAUCAUGAAUCUAAAGGAGUGGGAUGAUUUUCAGAUAGCAGGGAAGGAGUUGCCUGGAAAGCAGACCAUUCUGACAUCUGUAGAUCAAACCACGGUGACCUCGGGCAGAAAAAUCUCAGGGAAUUUAAUCAAGCUCUGAGCAAAAUUGAUUCAUUUGAGGAAUUUGUUUUUGCAUGCAUAGCAAUCCAGAGGCUAGGUCAGGAGGGAAUUGCCCCCCUUUUGAGCUGAGAAGGAAAAUGUGCGUUUUAAGCGAAAACUAGACUGCCACGUUAGGAGCGAUUCAUUUAGGGAGUCUGAAACAGCUUGUUGGACGAAUCAGUCCUUAAUCACAAAUUCUUAAUCACAAAUUCCCGUUCUAGGACAGCAGUUCUCAAACCUUUAUCUUCAUGACUAAUAGAAUAUUGCUGGUGGAAUAUUGCUUAUGUGCUUUGAAAUACAUACAGUGGUACCUCGGGUUAAGAACUUAAUUCGUUCUGGAGGUCCGUCCUUAACCUGAAACUGUUCUUAACCUGAGGUACCACUUUAGCUAAUGGGGCCUCCUGCUGCUGCACACCAGAGCACAAUUUCUGUUCUCAUCCCGAGGUAAAGUUCUUAACCUGAAGCACUAUUUCUGGGUUAGUGGAGUCUGUAACCUGAAGCGUAUGUAACCUGAAGCGUAUGUAACCUGAGGUACCACUGUAUAUAUAAAUCGAAGCACAUAGAUGUAAUCUUGCCUUACUAAUGCAAUGGAUGUGCUUCUGGGUUAAAUAGAACAAAAACAAACUUAACGUUUUUCUUUUACGCUGGUUUCAAAACCAGCACCGUAUCAAAAUCAUAAGUUGCUAUUAAGGUUCCAUUCGAGUGGGAAAUGUUUGAGGGAAAAUCACACUUGCCCCCGUGUUGUCUUUUGAAAACUAUGAGCCCAAAGCCAGGAGUUACACAUAAGGGAUUGCAGGCUGAAAAAUCUUACCACGUUUAAACCAAGAAAAUGGUAACUAGUUGCAAAGCUGGUUUAUGUGAUAUUAUUGGUUUCUGCUUCUUUUAUUUUGCAUCCUUCCAUUUGGCUUUCCUGGUCUCAGCUCUUAAAAAAAACAUCUUAAACAUGAGUGCUGCCAGUGAGCUGUUGAAUGGAUUUAGGAAAUCAUCCUGGCCUGGUAUAAACUUACCCUUAAAUGUUGGAAGCUGCCUUAUUGCAGACACUGAUCAUCAGUCCACCAAGUUCAAUAUUUUCUAUACUGAUGGGCAUGCAGGUUUUCAGAUUGGACUGCCCCAACCCUACCUAGGGAUGCUGGUGACUUAACACAAGCCCUUCUGCAAGCAGGGCACAUGCUCUCCCACCAAGCUGCUUCCUUACUAUCACCAAAGCUUGGGGGGAAAUGGAUUAUUUGGCCAAGAGUUAUUUGAGUCAAUUUAAUAAUUUAUUAGCCAGGCAGGGACAUUUGACCUUUUGCGAAUUCAUCGUUCUUGUGGUUCUUGUGUUACUCUGCCAGUUCCUCCACUUCUGUAUCUAAGCAAAACAGCGUCAAGGACUCUCUAUUCCCUACCCACGCAAGGACGGAAGCUGCCACAUUUUGAGUCAGUCUUGCAAAUAGGCCGGGGUAGUGUAUCAUUGCCGCCGUAUCCUUGACUUGCGUUCGUGGCUUUGAGUUCUGCUUAUCGGGGAGAGUUGCUGGCGAUAAUCUCUUUUUGCCAAGAUAACGCACUGGCAAUUCAACAAAUAGAGGCAAGCAGGUAGGCUGAGAGGUGAGCAGGCAGGCCUGCGCAGGGGUUGCACGAGGUGACGUCUGGGAUGAGCUGCGGCCCAAUCCUGCUUCCUUCCACUUGGGAAGUGCCGUUCUGCUCACGGUUAAAGAGGAAGCAGGAACAGAAAACAAGAGGGUGGGGAUAGCUCCUCUCCCCUGGCAUCUUCAUGUACAAAAGUCCGAAGGGAGGGAGCCACCUUGCAUACAGGUUUCCAUAUGUUCUGGAACACUGAGGGGGUCAGGGUUCUGGAACAUUGAGGUGUCAGGGUUCUGGAACGCUGAGGGGUCAGGGUUCUGGAAUGCUUGAGGUGUCAGGGUUCUGGAACAUUGAGGUAUCAGGGUUCUGGAAUGCUGAGGGGUCAGGGUUCUGGAACAUUGAGGUAUCAGGGUUCUGGAAUGCUGAGGUGUCAGGGUUCUGGAACAUUGAGGUAUCAGGGUUCUGGAACGCUUGAGGGAUCAAGGUUCUGGAAUGCUUGAGGGAUCAGGGUUCCAAACUGCCUGAAAGCCGUGUGUGUCUGUGUGUGUGUGGACUCCCUUUCCUGUAUAUGUGGUGUCACUGGGAGGGGCCCACUUCCCACUAGCAUGUUCCUAGUAGUGAACCCAAGUAGGGAUCGAGUGGGUACUAUUUGUUCUGGGAGAUCCCUGUUUAAGUGGAACACACUGUACAGUGGUUCCUCUGGUUAAGAACUUAAUUCGUUCCAGAGGUCCGUUCUUAACCUGAAACUGUUCUUAACCUGAGGUACCACUUUAGCUAAUGGGGCCUCCCACUGCCACCGCACGAUUUCUGUUCUCAUCCUGAAGCAAAGUUCUUAACCCGAGGUACUAUUUCUGGGUUAGCAGAGUCUGUAACCUGAAGCGUCUGUAACCCGAGGUACCACUGUAAUUUCUUCUACAAAUAGUGCUGGAGCUGGCUAUGUGUUUUGGGGUCUCUGUGGGAUGACUCUUACAUAUAUAUAUAUAUAUAUAUAUAUAUAUAUAUAUAUAUGAUGGGGGAGAGAAAGAGCUUGUCAAAAACUCACAGGCUUCCUCUUUGGAAUGGACCCUGCACUGUGCUGCAGUUUCCCAGAAGCCUUUGCAUGGGUCACGCCUUACUGGAAACAAUAUGGUUGCUGCCAUGUUUGAUGCCCUGGGUCCCUUUGGGAGGAAGGGUAGGGGUAUAAAUUGAAUUAACUGGAUAAAUAACCUGUGCCUAAGUCCAACAUGUGAAAUAGUAAGAGCUUGAAAAGUGUGCUCAGCACUUGUUGUAUAAAGCUGUCUCCCAAUAGUUUCUGUCUGUCCUAUGUUUAAUUAUCUUCUUUCACCCACUCUCUUGGGUCUCUUUAAAUAAUAAAAUGUACAUAAAAUAUAAAUUUGCUACGAACGUGAAUAUAUAUUCUUUUUAAAUAGUAUUUUGGUUACCUGACAUUGUAGUGGGGUAGGCUUAGGGUUAUAAUGCCAAUAUAUUUCUGGCAAUAUAUUUGGCAACCAGUGUACCCCUUUGGUUUCAGAUAGUAUAUGGGUAGAUGAGUCAAAAAAGCCUGGGACACAAAUUUAGACCAAACUAAGCCUCCUAGAGCACAAUAUACAUUGUGGUCAGAAUUGAGUAUAUACUUCCAGUAAAAGGUAAAGGUAAAGGGACCCCUGACCAUUAGGUCCAGUCGUGGCCGACUCUGGGGUCGCGGCACUCAUCUUGCUUUAUUGGCUGAGGGAGCCGGCGUACAGCUUCCGGGUCAUGUGGCCAGCAUGACUAAGCCGCUUCUGGCGAACCAGAGAAGCGCACGAAAAUGCCGUUUACCUUCCCGCCGGAGUGGUACCUAUUUAUCUACUUGCACUUUGACGUGCUUUCGAACUGCUAGGUUGGCAGGUGCAGGGACUGAGCAACGGGAGCUCACCCCGUCACGGGGAUUCGAACCGCCAACCUUCUGAUCAGUAAGUCCUAGGCUCUGUGGUUUAACCCACAGCGCCACCCACGUCCCAUAUACUUCCAGAGUUAAUGCUAAAUACAUUACUUCUGGUAAAUGAGCUGCUAGAGGGCUGUGAAAAUUUGUGUCCUGGCCUUUGUAGACUCGACUACCCAUGUACUAUCUGAAACCAAAGUGGCAGAUUGGUUGCCAGAUGUGACUUUUUUGUUUUGUUUUUGCUCUCCUGCCCCACUAUUAAAUACAGCCUUUCUCAGAUAUCAGCUGCUAACCUUUCCAAGUGACAACUUUGGCUGUGUUCCACCGGUUUAAUUGCUUUGAAGUUGUCCAGAACUAGAAAUUUAUACAGAGGCAAAGUUGCUGUUGAUAAGGCUGACAUGAAAGUUUGCAGGUGUUAGCAUGUUUUUAUACUCCCUUCUGCACCUCCCAGGAAAAUAGAAAAAAAAACCAUUAUAAAUCCCUCCCCCUUUCCCUUCUUCAUUACAGGUGAAAUCUGUGAUAAAUCUCCUGUUUGCUGCCUACACUGGUGAUGUGUCUGCACUACGAAGGUAAAAUCCAUAUUUUGCUUUGUGCUGCAUUAUGUGAAAUGUGUAUGCCAUAUAGGGUAGCCAUAUUUCAAGAAUUAAAAAUCCGAGCUUUUUUUUUAAGUUUCUAAAACCCGGACAUUUUGCAAAUUUCCCCCCAAAAUUCCCCCAGGCGCUAAUUCCGUCAUUGGAAUCGUGGACGUAUGGCAAUGCUAUAUAAUGUAUAUAUUAAACGUGGCCGGGCCAUGUUCAGAGACACUGUGAGCGAUGGAAGAUCCAUUUGAACAAUAAUUAUAGUCUUAGAUUCCAGAGACACUCUAUUCAAGGUGGAAAGAGGAUUCAAUUACUACAUGGUUCCUUAAUAAUCAUGUCUCCUGUGGGGAACCAGUGAUAUAUUAUUGAGUUUUAUUGAUUUUAAUAUGCUGUACACCGCUUUAUUAAAAAUAUAAAGCGGCAUAGAAAUUUUAAAAAUAAAUAAAAUAAAAUAAAAAUAUAAGUAAAUAUAAAAUAAAAUAAAAAUAUAAUACCUACCGGACCGCCUCUCUUGGUAUGUCCUACAGAGGAACUUACGGUCUGCAAAUAAAAACAUCCUGAAGGUCCCAGGCUUCAGAGAGGUUAGGCUGGCCUCAACUAGAACCAGGGCUUUCUCGGCUGCGGCUCCAAUCUGGUGGAACGCUCUGUCACAAGAGACAAGGGCCCUGCGGGACCUGACAUCUUUCCGCAGGGCCUGCAAGACAGAGCUGUUCCACCAGGCCUUUGGUCAGGGCGCAGCCUGACUCCUCCUCUGGCAAUCUGCACAGAAUUUUGCUUAACGGUUGCCAUCAAUUUGAUUUUAAUUAAUUUUUAUAAUGAAAUGUUUUUAGAAUGUUGGAUUAUUUGAUUGUUGUUAGCCGCCCUGAGCCCGGCUUCGGCUGGGGAGGGCGGGAUAUAAAUAAAAAUUUAUUAUUAUUAUUAUUAUUAUUAUUUUAUUAUAAGUUCUGGCUGCAGAGUGGCCACAUCUGCACCAUACAGCCAGAGCACAUGUCUUCCCCCCAGGGAAUAAUCCUGCAAACGGUAGUUUAAGGGCGCUGGGAAUUGUCGCUUUGUGAGAGGUAAUCUAAGGUUCCCUGGAUAAUCCCAGUGAGCCAUGACUUAGGCUCUGAGCACCAGUCGGUUCCUUUGAAGUUGACCUGACUUACCUAGAGAACUAACAGUGUACAUAGUUUCAAGGUUUCGGGGGAUAAGAUUGAGAGGAACGUUUCCAGGUGUCACUUACCCAUGUUUCACAGUUCCCUUGGAAGAGGAGGGGGAGAAAGGCCAUUUAUAUAUGGUAUAAAUGUGAUUUAAGUGCACUGUGUGCAUGUGACCGCUGGCAAUAUAAAUUAUUUUUUAGUACAUAAUAUUGCGGUUGAGAUGCACACUCCCCACAACCCUGUUUGUGCUCCAUUAUUUUAAAUGAAUACUGUUGGGAAUGCCAGGAACCUGUUGCAUAAAGCUAGUACAAUUGCGGGUUUUAAAAAGCAUACCAAUUAAAGCUUUCAUCAAUUAAAUCUGCAGAGCAAGUGAUUAAAGCUUACAGAGCCAUGGUGAAAAUAUUACAGGAGCGAGAUUACAUGCCCUCUGCUCGUUUUUAAAUUUUUUUGCCUUUGUUUUGAAACGUUUCUGCUUUUCUAGUGUAUAUGCAGAGCCAAUGGCUGCUCUGAUGUUAUUUUGUUUUACAAGCCAGGACAGUGCUUGAAUGCAAAGGCUUGAAUGCCAAGGCUUUUCAGAAUGACUGGAAAGGAAGGAAAACUCUUCACACCUAGAGCCUCCUAGCAAACGCAUUACAAUUUGGAUGAUUGAAACUCAUUCCCCAUUUAAUGGCCCGGUUAGCUAAGGCAUGGCAAACACUAACCAUAGUUAAAGCUGAGGUGUCUGGCAGAUGAACACUUAAACCUAACUUUAUUAUAUUGAAGAAUAGUUAAAAACACCAGCAGCUGAGCCUUGAGAGAGGUUCAAAUUCCCCCACUCUUUAUACGAGCCAGCCCUGCUCAAAUGCUGCUAGCCACAUUUAACUGUAGUUGAGCAGGAGGUCUAGGUUUGCACAUAACACUAAGCUAUGAUUAAUGUUAGCAAAGGCUUAUAAAGCAACUACAAGCCUUAGUUAAUGAAUGACCUUCAACCAGAAUUAAUCAUCCAUAGUUAAGCCGCUAAGUUGGGUUCAUACAACGCUUAAAUCAUGGUUUAAUAAACCGUGGGUUUAGCAUUAAGUGCAAACCAGGUCAGUGGGUGGUGCCCAAUGCUAUAUUAUUAUUAUUAUUAUUAUUAUUAUUGUUGUUGUUGUUGUUUUAUUUGUAACCAGCCCAUCUGACUGGAGUGCUGAAGCCACUCUGGGCAGCUUCCAGCAUAUACCAAAACAUACUGUAUUUUUCUGUGUAUAAGACUAGUUUUUUUCCCUAAAAAAUAAUGUCCAAAAUUUGGGGGCGUCUUAUACACAGGGGCCACCUCCCCCCAUUUUCUUAAAUUGGAGUCCCCCAAAAUAGUGGGCGUCUUAUACAUGGGUGCAUCUUAUAGAAGGAAAAUUGCGGUAAUUAAACAUUAAAAACUUUCCCUAUACAGGGCUGCCUUCAGAUGUCUUCUAAAGGUUGCGUAGCUGUUUCUCUCCUUGACAUCUGAUGGGAGGGCGUUCCACAGGGAGGGCACCACUACUGAGAAGGCCCUCUGUAGCUUCACUUCUCACAGUGAGGGAACCAGCAGAAGACCCUCAGAGCUGGACUUCAGUGUCCAGGCUGGAUGACAGGGAUGGAGAUGUUCCUUCAGGUACACUGGGCCAAGGCUGUUUAGGGCAGGCACCCCCAAACUUGGCCCUCCAGAUGUUUUGGGACUACAACUCCCAUCAUCCCUUGCUAACAGGACCAGUGGUCAGGGAUGAUGGGAAUUGUAGUCCCAAAACAUCUGGAGGGCCAAGUUUGGGGGUGCCUGGUUUAGGGCAUUAAAGGUCAGCACCAGCACUUUGAAUUAUGCUCAGAAAUGUACUGGGAGCCAAUGUAGGUCUUUCAGGACCAGUGUUCGAUUUCCUAAUGAAAGGACUCAGUUAGUGAAAUGAGGAAGAGAGGCAUUUUUUGGUGAGUCCCCCUUCAGCCCUCCUGAAUCUGCCUCCAGAAGGAGCCGCCAACACUUUGUGGAACAGAUUUGGGAAGAGGGCAGAGGGAGAAUUGCCCAAAAUGGCCUUCCUGCCAUUCCACUGACAAAGUUCUUCCAUCAGCAUAUGGAAAGCUUUAGAUACCAAUCGAUAUAUUUUGAACUUCUAAUUAAGCUUUCCUCAUAUCCAAGGCUUAGGAAACACUAGAUGCUUGGUUCUGCAUUAUUUGGGACUGAGCUCUUUAUCCCCUCCCCCCAUUUUCCUCUCAAAUUUUAAUAAUAAUUUUAUUUAUUUCAGGUUUGCUUUGUCAGGCAUGGAUAUGGAGCAGAGAGACUACGAUUCCCGGACAGCGUUGCACGUAGCGGCUGCGGAAGGUUGUGGCAGUGAAUAAUCUCCGGCAUUUCUUGUUAACAUUUUAGCGUCGUUUAAUAUAACGAGUGCAUAAAAUUAUCCUCCUCCUUGUGUUUUGUAGGUCACGUAGAGGUAGUUAAAUUUUUGCUGGAAGCCUGCAAAGUGAAUCCUUUCCCCAAAGACAGGUGAGCAUCUGCACUUGAACAUACAGGGGAGUAUUCGCAGUCAAUUAAAUUACGGCAGCGCUGGCUUCGUGGGCACUGUUCUCCGAGGAAUUUGUGUGCUGAAAAGCGGAUAUUUUAUGAGGAACGUAAUGAGAAUUCUCUAUAUGCAAGCCAGGCGGCUGCUGAUUCUGCUAAUAGGGAAGGCGGGAGGCAGGGUUCUGGGCUUAGUUACAGAAUAUGCCUAGUCUACAUGCCCUUGGGAGGGAAUCAAGGCAGUGAAAUGGGAAGAAUAGUAUUAUUAUUAUUAUUAUUAUUAUUAAUUAUUAGAGUUUCUAUACCACCCUAUACCCAGAGGUCUCAGGGCGGUUCACAGAAAAGAUUGCAACAUAUAUAAUCAGAAAAAAAACAACAACCCAAUAAUAUCCCCCUAGAAAAGAGCCACAUUUAAAAGGGCACAGAAUGUCAAACAGAUCAACCAAAGGCCUGGCUAAAAAGGAACCUUUUUGCCAGCUGCCUAAAGGUGUAUAAUGAAGGCACCAGGUGAACUUCCCUGGGGAGAGCAUGCCACAGACGGUGAGCCAUUGCAAAGAAGGCCUGUUCUCGUGUUGCCACCCUCUGGACCUCUUGAGGAGGAGGCACACGAAGGAGGGCCUCAGAUGAUCUCAGGGUCCGGGUUGGAAAGAGCAAGUUCUUGAGGUAUUGCAGUCCUGAGCUGUUUUAAGGCUUUAUGGGUCAAAACCGGCACUUUGAAUUGGGCCUGGAAACUAAUUGGUAGCCAGUGCAGUCGGACCAGGAUCGGUGUAAUAUACUCAAGCCGUCUUGUUCCGGUGAACAACCUGGCCGCUGAAUUCUGCACCAGCUGAAGUUUCUGAAUCUUGGGAGGCAGCCCUACGUAUAACACAGUGCAGUAAUAUAACCUUGAUGUUACCAGAGCAUAGACAACAGUAGUUAGGCUAUCCCUGUCCAGAUAGGGGCGUAGCUGGACCACCAGCCAAAGCUGAUGGAAGGCACUCCGGGACACAUGAGCCUAAAGUAGACAUUGUGCUCCAAUGUUUUUUUACAUUUUGUCCACAUGCUUCCCUGUACAAACAGACUCCCAGCCUGGUCUUGUGCAAUGUCAGAUGUCCUUAAGCCUACUUAAUUCAGUGAGCUUUGGCACAUCAAACCAUUCCUGCAUUGUUUGCGGGUUAGACUGGAUGACCCUGGGGUCCCUUCCAGCUCUUAAGAUUUUAUGCACAGGUCAGACUGUGAGACCACAUAUAUCCAUACUCAGGCCAUCCUUGGUUUUAUGGCUUAUAAUCAACUUCACUUUGAGUUUCACCUUCAGUUUUAUUGCUUUUGACGUAACCCCAUGCGGAAUUUUCUCCGGUAGAAUGAAACGGGCUUGUUAGCGGAAUCCCUUGUUUACAGAAAACAACCCUGAGGACCUCAAGGUUGCUUCAGAUGCUUUGAGCUUCUUCUGCCAAUUGCAACGGGUUCCUGUGGAGGAGAGAAACAUGCAGCCUGCCUACGGAUUGGGAACUGUGAUGAUGGCACAACCAUUCACGUUGCAUGGGUUUUCUUCCAUGGUAGUUAGUCGUGCCUGAACCCUGUAUCCCCUGCUGCGCUCCUCGCCGUAACCAUCAUUGUACAUUAAAAAGCAAUUCAGUUUAUUGGGCGAGGUUGCGGCAGGACUUCCUCCCUCGUGUGGUUCCCCCAGAAUCUGCUCCAGAAGGUUGGAGGGACCCUCUUGAGCAGUUUUUAGGGUGCACGAGGGUGGGGAGUAAGAGAAAUCUUUAGUGCCAUUGCACAAGCAGCUUUUUGUUCUGCAAGCAGGCAGACGUGUUGCCCGCUGCUUUCAUUAAAUGCUUGUGAUUUAAAGACACCUAUUGAUGCCUCCUGCUGCGGCGACGAUGUGUGAUGUCACAUGCUGAUGUCACACAUGCGUGCCGGGCACCCACAAUGUUGGGUGGAACCUGACACACCAUCUCCCUGCCUUUUCACUAGGGAAAAGAGAAACUCACUACAGUGGUGCCUCGCAAGACGAAAUUAAUUCGUUCUGCGAGUUUUUUCGUCUUGCAAAUUUUUCGUCUUGCGAAGCAUGGUUUUAACGGUAUUAACGGUUUUAAGAAAAAGGAAACAAACUUGCAAGACGUUUUCGUCUUUCGAAGCAAGCCCAUAGGGAAAUUCGUCUUGCAAAGCAACUCAAAAAACGAAAAACUCUUUCGUCUUGCGAGGUACCACUUUAUCCCCAUUUUAACUCCUCACUUAACAUACUGGCUGACUUUGGGCAAGUCACUCUGUCAGCCUGCUUCUCUGGGUUAUGUUAAUUCUAAAAAGCUGCUCCAAGCUUGGGUGAAAAGGGGGGCGGUUUUACAAAUAUGGCAAGAGCUUCCAAUAUAUUUUGAUACCCACAUCAUCAUCUUCAACCUGAAUGUUUUUGCUCCUGCAGAUGGAACAACACACCUAUGGAUGAAGCUUUGCACUUUGGACAUCAUGAUGUAUUUAAAAUUCUUCAAGAAUAUCAGGUCCAGUACACGCCUCCGGACGAUUCUGGCAGUGGAAAGGAAAACCAAACUGUGCAGAAGAACCUCGACGGCUUACUAUAACCCUCUUUUCCCCCUCUGCUAGAUCCCAAGAAUUGAGAUUACUGAUCUAAUUAAUUGUGGGGAAAAAUGAUUAUGAAGAGCGUGUGUGUUUCUAUUGGAUAGUGAUGUAUCUUUGUUUCAGUGUUACAAGAGCUUUCUUCAUGGCGCACAGACAAGUCUCGUUUCUCUUUCAGAAAAACAAAACUUCCAAGUCUCCAUUCAUGAUGUGAGCAAUAUUACCUCGUGCUACUUAUAACCGAUAGGGGAAAAAAGAAAUAUUAGCUGCUGUUGGCUUUGUGCACUACUUAUUUAUUUUUCUGUUUUCCGUGAUGCUUCACUCUAGUCAAGAAUUCCCUUCCCCCCGUUCUGCAUUUAUUUUUUUAAAAAAAUUAUUAAUUGAAGCCGUCUGGGAAGCGUGCCUGAGUGGAACUGGGCCACACACAAGUGUCAAUGUGGUCUUGCUAGAUUUUCAAGGUUUGUUGCUGACGUGGAUUUAGUUUGGAUGCGUGAUGUGGAUUUAGUCUGUGUGUGUGUCGAGCUACAAUCUGCACUUACGUAUUUCUUGCGUUUUUAAUUUCCCAUGAUACUUGUUUACAUCAUGUAAAUUCUCAGAAGUAUAGAUUGUUGACUGGGGUCAGUGGUCUAGGCUUAACUUUUAUUCGAAUAGUGUUUUUAUCAGGGAAUCUGUUCUAAGGUUUGUUUGACCAAAAGAUAUAGAGGAAUGUAAUUAGAUAACCACGAGAUCUUAGAUGUUUCUAUCAAAUCUGCUUUAUCCUCAUGUCUGGCUGCUGAAAUACUCCUCAGUCCUUUGGCAGCCACUGGUUCUUCUCAACACUCUUUGUUUUCACCGAAUCAUCGUAUACAUACCACAUUGGACUAUGACUGACGGCAAGUGUCCUCCUUGUAUUCUUUAUUUAGCAGUGGCAAAUACUUUAUUCCAAUCAAGGACCUGCAGGUAUAAAUAGAGAACCUGGCAUUUUAUAGUGUGUAAAUCUAAAUUCAAAUUAUGUGUGGAUAAAGGUGAUGUGGGGGCUGGUUUCACGCCAGGGGAAAUAAUUGCAACAAGGGUGUCAGAAGGGUACUUCCAACUAACCUCCAUUCUCAACUUGGUGACACUCAUGCUAUGUGCAACUUGCUUAAGCGACCUGAUCAAAGCAGGUAAUGGUGAUGUUGUCAUUAUGGAUGUUCAUCAUAUCAGAAUCAAUCUAGAUGCAAACAAAUGGCGUUUUAUAAAGGUGGGAGCUAUAUGAAAUCUCUGUGAGCUUGAAAUAAGGAUUCCAUGUGGUGUUGAUGUUGCUACCCCUCCUGUGGAAGAUCAGCUGAGCCAUUACUAGAGAGUGGACUGGGUUUUGUUGAAGGAAACAAUUACUGAAGUAGAAUGAUUUGCAUCCUUAAGGAAGUGCUUACACCAUAGAAAGACGAGGGGUUUGAGACUGAGCAUAUGAAGGGAUAGGCCUGAGAUUUUACAUUAUAAUAAGCAGUGGAUCGAAACUGGGUUGCAGGCCAUAUGAUUGCUCCAGAAUCAUAGCCACCAUUUUCUGUUAUUCUUGUUGUAUAAUAAGGAAGAGUAGAUAGUAAAGCCAGGAGGAGACGCGCAGAAAAACACACGGUAUGGGCGUGAGGAUCCAAAACAGGCCUUGCAUAACAAGUGAGGCUUAAAAGUGGAUUCCAAAAAUAAAAGAUGGAAGUUGCACAUUUUAGCAAACCUCUCAUUACUGGUAGAAUAUCCUAUUUUUUCACAGGUUUUAGGAGUUUCUUUCAAGAACGCCACAUGCUUUAUUUUCCUAAAUGCCAUCCACUGGGCUCUGUGCCACACCCCUCCACUAACGUUCUUUGAGCCAAAUUGAGGACAGAAUUUACUGCAGCGCCUCAGGAGUGCUUAGCAAUACAGUGGUGCCCCGCAAGACGAAAAACUUGCUAGACGAAAGGGUUUUGCGUUUUUUGAGUCGUUCCGCAAGACGAAUUUCCCUAUGGGCUUGCUUCGCAAGGCGAAACGUCUUGCGAGUUCUUGCGAGUUUGUUUCCUUUUUCUUAAAGCCGCUAAGCCGUUAAUAGCCGCUAAGCCGCUAAUAGCCGUGCUUCGCAAGAUGAAAAAACCGCGGAACGGAUUAAUUUCGUCUUCCGAGGCACCACUGUAGUCUGCAAAGACUGAAAGUAUAAAAGUCCAUUUGCCGGGCCUAGAGAGUCAUAGCUGUUCUUUUCUCCAAAAUGAAUCAUAUUCUACGUGUAUCUCCUUAAAGUAUUCAAAUUUAUCCUUUUGACAUUUCAGUAGUCUAUAGUUAUCACUAUUUAAUCAAAUUGUAAUACUGCAAAGGAAAAAAAAGCAUUAUGCAUAUAAGCAAAUGAAAGCCAUUUCCCCUCAAAUAGUUUGAGAUUAACAUUAGUAUUUCCACCCUGCCAGUAGACAGCAACUAUUUUAGUACCAGCCUCUUCGAAGGUAGUUACAGUAUAGCUUUUCCUCAUUACAAGAGGAAGUUGCAAUUUGUAAAGUAAUUGUGGCCCAUUGGAGGCAGUUCAUUUACAUGUGGGUUUAUUUAUAAAUAUACUGUCCUUUAGUUCUGUUUUCUGUUGCUAACAUGUUUUUUGUUUACCAAAAAGGCUUGUUUUGCUUGAAGAACACACUCAGUUUUAAAGUCUAAGCAUUCUAUACUUGUUCAUCACAGCCUAUAGAAUUAAGUCAAUUUUAUGCUUCGUACAUAAAUGGCUCCUGCAAUAGUCCUAGAAUCAGCUAUCCCAUUUUUUGUGUGGAUGUGUUGUGCUGGACGCAUGUCCUUUUUAGUUUCAUAGCAGAACUACCAGUGACUGUUUGUAGUGACCCAAUGAGUAAAAUACCUGGGCUUGACAUUUGACAUUCUUUAUUGUAGAGGAGAAACUAUGAUGAUUGUAUUUGCCUCUUGACAGUUUCCCCAUGAACUGAAUCUAAACUUAAUAUAUACUUGAGCUGUACCACUUCUGAACGUAAGAUUUAUUUUCAGGAUUACCAAAUUCAGUGGUGUUGCAUUUUACAACAUAAUAAACAUGCUUAC